ACGACACUUAAGAUGGCUGCCUCCAUGAAAGCGGCUUGUGGGCUCUGUGCCGGGGAAGCUAUUUAGAGGGGUUGCCGAGCUCCUUUCCAGCCACCGGAUUCAGAGGGUUUUGCCAAAACAGAACCAGAAGAAAGAAAAGUAGUGUUUUCGGCUUUCCUACCGUGAGGUAGAAAAGGAAGCGCCUGGGAGAGGGAUGCGGAGCGCGCGCGGCGUUUGAACCGUUGCGAGGCGCCUCAUGGGACGGGAGGGAGGCGCAGGCCCUUAGGCGGUUUUUGCUCGGCCUGGACCGAGGGGAGGGAGCAGCAGCGGUGGGUCCCGCCCCGGAGUUCGCGGGAGGCAAGAGCUCGGGGCAGUCGGGGAAGGGCCCGCGUGGUUGCCUUGGGCUCCUCCGAAAGAGGCGUCCCGAAGGGGAGCCGAGAUGCUGCGCUCCGCGUGGCUGCUGCCCUUGGCUCGAGGCUGUUUGCGGAGGAGCCUCCCGCAGUUGGGAGCGGAGGGGAGGCAGCGGCGGUGCCUCUUCUCCGGCUCUCCCUCGUCCGCUUCCCACUGGAGCAAAGUGGUCUCCGAAGCCGAGAAGAUCGUGGGCUACCCGACCUCCUUCCUGAGCCUCCGCUGCCUCUUGAGCGACGAGCUGAGCAACAUCGCCAUGCAGGUGCGCAAACUGGUGGGGACCAGGCACCCGUUGCUCAACACGGCCAGGUAAGCUCCCCUCGGGGCCUCUGAAGCAUUGGGCACUGAGUUGGCUGUCACUUUUCUCGUACACAACCGUCCACUCCUGCAAGCCAGGUAAAUGGGAGGCAUACUUACUCUUACUCGCUUCAAUUGCCCAGUCCCGUUUCCUAUCACAGCACUUCUUCCGGUGCUGCGAAACCCCAGGAUUCUCUUCCGUGACCUGUAGGGCGCUGCCUGGCGUGGAGUCAGACCAUUGGUCCAUCAGCAUUGUCUAGAUUAUGCAGCCCUGCUGCCUGAAGCCUUUCUUUAAAACAACAAAACCAGAGGCGGCUUUAUGUUGAAUGGCAAACAUAUUUAGUUUGAAUUGUUUGUUGCUGUUGAUAUUGUUGAUAUUUCAGAACAAAUCAAUAAAAAACUGUUAGGAAGAAAAGAAAUCCAAAGAUGGCAAGAAUCGAAACGGGGACUUUCUACAUGAGUAGAAGUUUGAUGAAGAGAGUUGUUUUAGGCCAAGAUGUGAACACUCACCUAAAGAUAGGAAUGUUCCUGGUUUUUGUGCAGAGGGCUCAUGGGGAUAUAGUUUUUUCAAGAAACUCCAUAUGAAAUUCUUUUUUAGCUAAUGAGCGCCAAGUGAAAUCAUUUAAUGAGGGCCAUUUUUAACUGGUAGAGACUAUAAAUUAAGGACCUUGGUGGUGAAGGAGACUAUCUUGGUUAUUGUUUGUUACUGUAAUACAGAGCUUUCCAAACUUUUCAUGUUGGUGACACACUUUGUAGACAUGACAUGACACAGUAACUCAUGACACAGUAACUCAGCAAACCAGAGGUUAAACUAACCCCUUUCUAGUCCUGAAAGGAGCACAAGGAGUGUUCGUGCAACACACCUACACACUGCAGUUGACACGUUUAACAUGUCGCAACACAUAGUUGGAAAGCUCUGCUGUAAUACUUCAUGGGAAGCAAGCAUUUAAAGGCAUUCUGUUUGACAUUGACUGAUGGCUUUUGUUUAUUCCUUCAACUUCUUAAGAAGCUACUUGUUUUGGAGAUUUUUGUAGUAUGCAGAUUUAUUUAAACUUCAUCAAUUGAGAGAUGAUUGAUAAAACAGUUAUGGGGGCAAUCCAAACCCUAGGCUGGAAGCAAUAGGGCUUGUUGAAGUAUCACCAUCACCUCAUCCAUGGCCUUCCACUCAUGCUGGUCAAGUAAAAGGUUAGGGGGUGGGGUCAAGGAAAAAUAUCAAUUCACUGCACCAGCUCUCAAACUAGAGAGGCUUCCAGGGGAAGAUGCUUGGAUCAAGCCCACUGCCAUCACAAGAUAGUAACAGGACAAACUCAGGAUCCCCUGGAUCAUGUCCCAGUCCUGAAACACCUUGUUUUCUGGGUUUCCCACUGGCAGUUGCCAGCAGAGUUACAGCUAGCAGUAGCUUCGGCCGACCAGUGUUGGGUAGGCACGUUGGGAUGCUUCUCAUUGACAGGGUUGCCCUGCUGACCUCUCCACCACAUCCACAUGCUGUCUGGCACAACAGAUUAGGGAUUUGGACCCUCCUGCUUGUUUAAUUGGCUGAUCAUCACAGUGAAUUUCCUUCACUGUUUCUGGUGCUGACUGUAAAAACUGGUCAUUUAUAGGAACAUUGCUUGAUACUCUGGUCUGCUGUUUUCAUUUCAUUACAAUGGUUAUUAUGGUCUUGGACAAGUCAUAUAAGAUUAUGUGAUGUAGUUUUAUAGCUAUUUCCCAGAUAACAAUACUUUUCAGAAGAGAUUGGUUUGAUUUAUUAACAUCCUUCAACAGUUGUGGAAAAGUUUGAUAGUUAUUGUAAUAUUACAGUACUCUUCUAAGAGAGAAAACUUGGAAUUUAAGUAGUAUAGGGUAGAUAUGUUUGUUUUUGCUGUUCUUUAAUAGCUCUUCAAAGCUAUUUCUUUGUAUUGUUCUCAGAAUAUCUCCAGACAUAAUUAAUACUUUUCUAGAGAGACAAAUUUGAACAAAUGAGAACUGUUUCAGCUAAAAUAAUCAAAUUUAGAGGCAGUAUAUUGUCAGAUAGCCCACCAAUAUGGCAUAUAAUCCUGGCAGAACAUCACAGAUAUGUCAGGAUAACAUUCCAUUAGUAGAAUUGUUCUGCUGGCAAAAAUGCACGCCAUAUACUGGUUUAAAAACUGAUAAUUUUUUCCUCUUCCAGCAUGCAUCACUUAACAUUGUGUACACUGAACCUCAUUGAUCUUUUAGUGACCAUUUUCCCACUUUAAAGAGGUCCUUUUUUGUUUUUAAUCCCUCCACCCCAGAAUAUAUUUGUGUCGUCAGCAAACUUGGCUGCCUCACUGCCUCCUCCUAAUUCUAGAUCCUUUAUGAACAUGUUAAAAAGCAUUGGUCUCAAAACAGAUCCUUUGGGACUCCACUACAGCUGUACCUUGGUUUUUGAACAGCUUAGUUCUUGAACGUUUUGGCUCCCAAACGCCGCAAACACUGAAGUGACUGUUCUGGUUUGCGAACUAUUUUUGGAAGCCGAACAUCUGACGGGGCUUCCAUGGCUUCCCAUUGGCUGCAGGAGCUUCCUGCAGCCAAUCAGAAGCUGUGUUUUGGUUUGCAAAUGUUUUGUAAGUUGAAUGGACUUCCGGAACGGAUUCAAUUAGAUUUCCAAGGUACGACUGUAUUUGCAUGCCUCGAGUUCUCUGCUUCUUGCUCUUUAACCUGUUCCAAGUCCAUAAUAGAACAUUUCCAAUUAACUCGUGAUUAAUGUGUUUGCUCAGGAGUGUGCAGUAAGGAACCAUAUCAAAAGCUUUCAAGUAAACAAUGUCUACAUGCUGACCCUUUCCACAAGUUUGUUGAUAGUCUCAAAUGGAUUAGUGAGACGGGGUGUACCUUUGUAGAAGUUAAGCUGAUUUCUCUUUAUCAAGACGUGUCCUUGUAUACACUUGAUAAUUUUGUCUUUAAUAAUGUUUUCCAUCAAUUUACUUGAAACAAACAUUAAAGUGUUUUGAAGGUGAUGUCUUCAUUGCUUGACUGCUCUGUGUGCACUUUACAGGCAUCCUGACCAUGCAUCUAUAUAGGUGCUGUGUUGUAUGUGAUUUUCUUCCUCUUGUUUGGUGUGCUAGAAAAUUUGAAUCUCUGCUUAUAGUGAUACUAGGGGAGUUGCUAUACUGGGGCUACUGCUGAGUGUGCCACUGGGGGUGCUGUGAUGGUGCCAUUUUUGUAUAUGGUGGUGUGUGUGGUAGAGGUAACGCAAGACCCCAUCAUGAGUUCAUUGGCUGUCUCCAUAUGUGACUGAUGACCCAGAUUCUAGUGUUUCCAGAAGUUCUGGCAGGCAUGUACAUCUCUUUUUCUUUCUGCUGUUUUUAUUUUUAUUUUAUCUUAAGUGCUUCCCUCCUCUCUCCCCGUUUCCCAGACAGCAGCAUUGUGCAUCUCCCACCCACCCCACCAUAAUUCAGAGUAUCUGAUUGCUCUGUUGUACCUCUUGAGAGAACGAUGUUUGCAUAUCUUGCUUUUAUAUUGAAGCAAGUUGAGACAUGGCGUUGCAAUCCACAGGUGAUGAAAGACACCUCUGCAUGAGAUUUACUCGGUUAGAUUGUUAAGAGCUUAUACUCUGUUCUAGUGGGCUUGAGAUUGUCAGGUGCAUAAAAUGUUUUUGACAAAACACUUUAUAGUCUGUCAAUUUGAGGUAAAACUGUUUAUAUCCCAGAGUAGUUGCCUUGGUCACAUACUAUCAUUUUACUAAUAGCAAAGCCAGCAAGGCCAUAAAAAUGGGCAAAAGGGAACUUAAAGCAUGAGGAGGUUGGUCAGUGAGCCAUUGCUGAAAAUGGGGAACCCUGUAGCUUUGCUUUUUUAAAAAAGGAAACACCUUUGGCUUGGUGAGGCCAUCAUAGUUUGUGAUUAGCUUUACUCAGGCGGUGUCCCCACAGCAGUAUCUACCUUUGUUUAUAGGCUAAAAGACAAAAAACUGACAACCAAAAGUGACGUUUAAAUUUGAGUUUGAAUCCAUUGUUUAAGAAAAUGGUCAAAAAAGAAGUUGUUAGGGUAGCUUUAAUUUUCUUAUACUCAAAAAGAAAGUUAAUGAUAGUUUGAGAAGCGGCUUAGUCAUGCUGGCCACAUGACCUGGAAGCUAUAAAGCAAGAUGAGCACCACAACCCCAGAGUCAUCUGAGACUGGACCUAACGGUCAGGGGUCCCUUUACCUUUAAGUAUAGCUACAGGCAGGGGCAGAAACUUCUGCUCUGUGAAAAGGAUGGUAUGUUUGACUUUCAUGUGUCCUGUAGAUACUUCUUUGACACAAGCCUCAUGAUGCUGACUGCAGCCUACGUAAGGAAAGGAUAUGUGACAAAUGUAUGUUAUAAUAUGACAGCUUAAAAACAUCAUUGAAAACAGUCUAGAAGUCUUAGAUAUGAGUUAUUAAUGCUUUAAAAAGCAAAAUACAAAACUACUCAAGAAUAACAAAACUGCUAUAUAUUAGAAACCACAUCAAAACAUUUCAAGAGAUUAUCUUAAUUUUAUGCUGACAACAUAAAUGAAAUGGUGCUAUUUAAAAGAAUAUGUUUUGUGUUUAUUUUCAGCUCAUUUAAUUGCAGUUUAAGUCAUUUAAAUAGUGUGAACUGAAAUAUAGCCAUGAAAUAGGUAAUAUUGACUUUUAGAUUUCUCAAGUGAGAUAAAUUGAAGGUAGCAUUAUUGCUCAAAACUUGGAAGUGUCCCAUAAACUAAAGUGCUAAGGAGUAUGGCCCAUCACAGAUUUAGAUAUGCUUAAGACAUUGAUUUCAGUGGGCUCAAGCACACUUUGCAGUGGGCUUAAUUAUAGAAGUUUCCCAAUCCCCUAUACUGACAAUAUGGUAAUCUCUGUACAGCUCUGGUCUUCUGAGUCUGAUGGCAGACAGUUUCACUUCACAGCUGUCCCAAGAUUACCACAUUUUCAAUAGCUUUCAAUGCAUAGCUGUGCUAACGUAGACUUAAAUCUGGAGUGUUGGAGACAGGAAACUCUUUUGUUUGGGCAUUCCCAAUUGCUGAAAUUACUUGGCUUUUAAGGCAGAAGCAAAUUCUUCUGUAAUAAGCCUAAUUUAGCCUUGUAUUCCACUUUCACCCCACAGAUUUUCCAAAUUUAACAAAGCUGCUUGAAAUUUUGCAGUUGUAUUAUUAUUAUUAUGCUGCCUGUUAUGCUGUAUGGAAAGUUUCAGGCAAAUCGCUUUUGACAGCUGGCAGAUACUGGAUUUCUGUAACCGAGGUGGCUUUCAGUAUUUCAGACUUUUCCCUUACUUCCCCACUCCUCCAACCCUGGCCUGGGUUAUAAACUUCUAAAGAAGAAAUAUUCUGUUCCUAGCAGUUAAAUUUGUUUUACUUUGUGGUGCCUGCUCAAAAUUUCUGUCCUUGGCUAGCUCUGUGUUUUGAAUGACCUUUUCAUGUUCACACAGAGAUUUGGUUUGUUCAGUGACUUAUGAAGGAUUUGGAAAGGAGGCACAUACUGGCACAUUUUAGGAAACCUUCUAUUAAAACCUUCGUAAAACUCUUCUUGGCUCUAAAGUAAGAUGGCUAUAACGCCAAGGGAGGGAGGAAAAGAACAUGUUCAAAUGAGGGGAGGGAGUCUUUAAAAUUCAAUGCCAAAUUCUUACUGAGGCUUUCUAAAAUAUUGCGGGUUUUGAUAAGAAAAAGAACUCAUCGCAGAGAGAAUAAGAGGUAAACACAACAGAGAAAAAAUGACAAGGUUUUAAUACAUUUAAUUCAUUAAUUAAUACAUUUAAUUCAUUUAAUACAUAAUAUUGAAGCAAAAUUAUCAAAGGACUCGAAGAGUGACUCAGAUUGCAUAACUUGCAUUAACAAGUAGUUUAUGACUUCCUUCUAUUUUACAGAUGGUGAAUCUGUGGCUGUCAGGGAUUAGGCUCCAGCUCCCAUCAGUCCCAGCCAACAUGGCCAAUGAUCAGGGAAGGUUAAGAGUUGUAGUCCAACAACAUUUGAGGGCCACAGGUUCUUCAUCCCUACUCUACUUGGUUUGGAUGUUGCAAUUUAAGUAGCUUUUAAGUACUUUAGGGAUAGCCGCGCAAAGCCUCUUCAACAACAUUUGAUUCAGAAUAUUUUUUUCUUGUUUUCCUCCUCUAAAAACUAGGUGCAUCUUAUGGGUUGGGUGCGUCUUAUAGAGCGAAAAUGCGGUAGUUUACAAAGCUCCCUAACCACCCUGAAUCUGUUGUGACUGGACAGCAACUGAUGUUCACUGCCAGUGCUGUGAAUUGGUGGGACAGUUGUGUAUUUUUCCAAAUGCUUCCCUCUAGCACCUAAAGCAUUAGCAAGCCACGUGUCUCUGUCCUCUUCCCUUUUAUCUGAUAAGAGUGAACAGUACAGAAUGACAAAGGUGGCUUGUCUUGCAUUUGAGCCGGUUCUUGUUCUUUCCUAGCUGAAGCAGAAACCAAUUUGAAGGGCCAGCUGAGUUUUUUUUUAAAUAAACUGCUGGAGAAAGUGCCACUACUUUUGCAUGAAAUGCUGCUGGAAAGUGGUGGAUUUCUAGAGGUCAAGAUGCUAGUUUUUCCUCCUCACUUCACCCUCAGAACUACUUGGGAAACAGUUUAUGGACCUGGUCUCUUAAAAACUCAUUUUUAAAAACCUUUUUUAUUUUAUUUAGGAUGACAUAAAACACAAAGUACAGCAAUGUUCCUAUGUGCUGGGGAGCUAAUAACCUGUACUGUAUAAAGUAAAAUGAAAAGACAGUCCAGCAAUAACAAUUCUAUAUUUUUGCAGUCUUUCCACUGGGUCAAGUGCUUCUCUAAUAGAUGCUGAAUUAACCUGUUAAUGCAUCUAUCAGAGCAAGGAUCGGUGUCCAUUACCCAUCCCACAAAAGUGAAUUUUGUGCAGGAACUUUUCUUGAAGUCCUGUUGAAUAUUGAAUGGAAGUGUAAAACAGGUCUCGUUGGAUUUGUUUCUUGAGCUAUCAGACCCUCUGAGUCAGCCUUUCCAAUAUUGCUAAAUGCCAAGCCUACUCAUAGAUUCAUCGUUGCCCCCUCUAAAUAUUUCCAGAAAUGUGUAACUAUCAUGCUCACUGACAAGCCCUUGGUUUGUUGUUGUUUUUUAGGUAAAGUAAGGGAUAUAUUUAUCAACAUAGUAACAUGUCAGGAGCAAGAACACUGAAAUUUUGUCUCCAGAAUAGCUGUGUAUAGUUCUGUUUUAAGAUGGAAGUUUUCAGAAUUUAUUAUUAUUAUUAUUAUUAUUAUUAUUAUUAUUAUCAUCAUCAUUUUAAAGUCAUUUCAUCAUUUAGAGAAAUAUCCGUAGACUAGAGCAUGACAAAUGGGGUUAGUGAUGUUAGUGAUUGAUCGGGACAGCACAUGUUGUUUAACCACAUGAUUUAUAAGCAGCUUUGCAGGGUGCUAAUGCAGCUUUGAAAAUAAAUUGUAUAGGCCACCUGCCCUCAGAUCCUUUUAGUGUUCCUUCUUUAUUGACUCCCACAUUUCCCCUUUCUUCCCUUUUCUUCCUUUGAAAGCAAGCGCGUUGGUUCAGAAUUUAUCCGUGAUGAUUUUUACCAGUAAAACUAGAGGCAUGAUUGAGCCAAGUGAAAUACUUUUCAAUCCCAUUGAUUUCAGUGGAAACCAGGUAUUGAUUAGUAUAGGUCUACUCACAAGUAAGUCCUGCAGAAUUUAAGAUUGCAGACUUAAAGUGACUGGCUCAAAUUCUUCUUAGAAUUAAUAAAAUUAAAUUGUAGAACUGUUGAAAAAGCAUAUUUUAUUUCACUACAAAUGUAAUGUUCUGCAUGCUUACACUUUCUGGAAUCAUUCUUCCCCAAGAAAUUAUAUAAUAAUAAAGGGAGAAUUUUUCAUAAAUUGCAUAAGCAAAUUUCACAUGACUAGCACAAAAUACAAAACAUUUCGAUAAUUUUAUUCUUUCAUUUUCCCAUCUUCCCAGUUAACAGUGAAAACUUUUAAUUACCAAAAAUAGUUUUCUCUAAGUAAUCUUGAAAACAGCAUCAGUGUGCUAGUGUGGAUUCACCUCUUGUUCAUUAAGUCUGGGUCUCUGGUUAUACUAGUUGUCAGUCAUUGCUGAUUUUAAACAUAUUUCCCUUUUUAAAAUUGGAGUUUUUGCUUCCCUAAAAUGUAUGCCCUCACCCCUGAAAUCUUUGCCACUUAUUUUUACUUGAAGGAAAUCUGGACUGUAUAUGUAGGCAUAGAGGAAAGUAAACCAUUAGGAACUAUUUUAAUGCAUGUGAAACAGACAGUGGAGCAAAGCUACAACUAUCAAGAUCGGAGUGUCAGAGUGCUUGUUGUCCUGGUAACAGAUGAAGAAGAUCAGGAUGAGAUUUCAAGAAUACAGAGGAGAAAGAGACAACAUUGGGCUUGCUAUAUGUAAAAAAAUGCAGACCGCAGAAAAGCUUGAAUGGUUCUUAUGAUUAUGCCUUAUGCUUCUACUGGUGGGUCAAUGUAUAACCAUUGCAAGUUAGAUGAAAACAUAGGUAUAAAAGAAGUCUAGGCUUAAACCACGAUAAGCGUUAAAAAAUACUAUGGAUGACAGAGCAUCGCUGCUGAGACUUAAGUCCAUUGACUGUAGCGGGUCUACUCCAUGACUGAUGUUCAAUAUUACCCUUAGCUUUCUGAUAGCAGUAAAAGAUGGAAGGCAGACUGCCUAUAUGCCAAAGUUUCUAAAAUACCAGAUAUAGAUUAAGCGUUCGAAAUACUCCUAGUAGCAAUUGCUGGUUUCAGAUACAGGCUUGGUUGAUGUUAUAUGAACAUGCAGCAGUGAGCAUCAGACUUGCAUGCUCUUCCUCUUCUCUUUGCACGCUUUGCUUUUCUAAAGGACUUGCAGUUCUUUGGCAAAUGAUAAUUGCCAUUGCAUGUGAAUGAGGAAAAUUAUGGUUUGGGUCUCGUUUCAUAUGCAAAUAUACAGAAAAACUGGUUGAAUAAACAAUAGUUUGCAGGUAUAUAUGUAAUGGCAAACUUUGGUUUGUUAAACUAGAUGUUUGUUAGAAAAAAAGCAGUAUAAUGAGAGAUCAGUGGGAGAUGAAACAAUCACAAGCUUGAGGUCAACUAAGUUUGUUCUUGGUAUAAGCUUUUGUGCGCAUGCACACUUCUUCAGAUACCAUCUAGUAUCUGAUGAAGUGUGCAUGCACAUAAAAGCUUAUACUAAGAACAAACUUAGUUGGUCUCUAAGGUGCUACUGGACAAUUUUUUUAUUUUUAUAUAUACCGGUAUAUUUCGAUUGUGUCAGACCAACACGGCUACCUACCUGAAUCUACAAGCUUGAGGGUCAUUGCUGCUCAUUCAUGUCAAUACCAAACCAUAGCUUGGAAUUAACAUUGAAUGCAGCAAGUAUCACCAUGUUAAUUUUGAAACAUAAAUACUUUAAAUACAUCUUUAAUUUGUUUUUGUUUUUUUAAGCUCAUCACACAACUCUUUCCUUACUUUCUACUGAUGUAUUGUGAGAACUUGAAUUUCAGAAGCCAUUUAACUAAGGACAGUUAAGAAACAAAAAGAUAUAGGAAGCAAAUGUUACAUUUGUAAUUUUAGCAUUCACUUUCAAGAUUUUAUAGUUGAGAGUUUAUUUAUGUUCCAAAUGGUGAGAAAAUGUUUUUAGAAAGCUUAGCCAAAGAACUCUGUGAGCAGGGAUGCUGUUUUUUGGGGGGUUUUUUUAGAAUUGUAUCUGUGAAAAGUAAAGAUUUAAUUGUAUUUGCCUACAGUAGUAGAUUCUGUUACUAGUAUACCUGGAUUAUUUAAGAAUUCAAAUAUACAAUACUGUAGUACAGCAGUUCUUAUUGACAUGCUUGGCAAAGAAGCAAACAAGACCACUCUUUUGCCAUCUGUUUAUAGUGCUAUAUAAAGAAAAUCAUGCUGGUUGCUGUGGAAACUAACAUUUCCCAAACCACAAGUUGCUUAAAUUCUCCACCUUUUAAAAUAUUGAGUUCUCUCAGGAAUGAAUACACACACAUGGGAAAUAUAUCAGAAAUGUUCCAGUUACUUUUCCACCAAUUAACUGUACAGUGUGUUCAAUAUUUGUAUUUUGUCACAGAGGCAUACGUUGUCAUUCGCAUUUCAAAAGAUUUAUUGAAAUUUUUGACAUAGAUAUGUUUUGACUGACAUCUACAUCUGUAUAUAGCAACAUAUUUAGUUGGACUGUGAGGUUUUGCAAUGGAGUGAAAAUGCUACCAUGUAGGUUUUAGAAACUGAAACUGCUAUUUAUAUGAGCUGCUUCUGGACUUAGGUACUUUAUUCAUUGCUUUCAGGCACCUUUGGGAGACACAACUUGCUUAAUCUUGCUCCUGCUUGUGGAUAUUAUAAUAUGGAUUUGUUGAGCAAAGUAUAACAUUGUAAAAGUGUUGACAAUCAUGCAUAAAUUUCAGAAACCGUAAUAGAUUAUCAUCAGGUUUGUUUAAAUUCUACUGUUCUCUAGUUUUUAUCCAGGUGUUUUGGCAGACACAGGAAUUAUCCCAAGAAUGCAUAAUCAGAUGCAAUGUAUCUGUAGCCUAUCAUGGCUCCUUGACAUGUCUGUAUGGAUAUCUGUAUCAUAGCAUUUAUUUGGAGUUUUGCACAGGACAUUGUAGCUUGCCGAAUUGGCUCUAGUUCAGCAGAUUUCCCAAGUCUUCCUUUUGAUGCCAUGAACAUUUCAGCUUUCCAAAGCAAAUAUCAGCUAAUAAAAACACUGUCCAGAAUUGACACCACUUGAUAAUUGGAAGUGCCUCUGAUAGUCAUUGCUUCUAUCUUGUUUUGAUUCAUCCUAGUUUUGUCUACGGCAAUUCUUGGGUGCUGAUUCCAAACUCCCAUUGCUACUUCAAGGUCAGAUGAAAGAUCCUCUGCAUAUUUGAGGACUCUGCACUCCCAAUCUGUGGCUGACUUCUUCAUAUGCACACAAACAAUUUUACGGCAAGACAGAACCUUGUGGAACCUUACAGAAGGACUCAUUUGGAACAGAAUAGCAACUGGCUAACUCCUGUAUCUGAGAUCAUCUAAAUGAAGAACUGGGCUACUAUAAGAGAGAAUUCCAAACCUAACCAAAUUCCAUAAGCAGCUCCAUUUAGUUGUCAGUGCAACUCAAAUAUAUUUUAAUGCACAUUUGUAGCCAAUGUAUGAGAGAGAAUAUUCACUGAAAUGCAGUUGCUAUAAGUGGUCCACUGAGGAUGUUAAAUUACAGGUCAUAGAGUACAAUAGUUUGAAAACUGCUAAAGCAAAAAUCUUGUUUCAGGCAUCUGUUUAGGAAAUCAUCAUAGCUGAGUGAGGGGGCCACUUUAGCCUAGACUUUCAUAGUACAAAAUGUUGAUGUUCGGUGACUAGGCAGUAGUGUUUCAUAUUGUCAGUUGUCCUGCGGUUGUAGAGCUGAAGCGGGAUACACUCUGGCUUCUGCCACUGGCUAUAAGACAGAGGGUCACUGGGAAGCUGCACUUCUUUUCUCUGGUCUCUUGCAUUGGCCAGUGAAUGAGCAGCUGCUCCAAGACCUGCUUUCCCCCUUCUCUCCAGACUCCUUUUUCCUUUUGUGUUGUAUCCUUCAUUUGUGUGAGCCUACAAAUAGGAACUGUCUUUUUCAUGUAUGUGCAGCAGUUAGACAAGUUUAGAGGCUUUAUCAGUGCUAAUAAUUUAUGGAGCCAGGCUCAUAAGUAAAUGUAUUUUUAAGUGAUCAAAAUACAUAUUUAAAAGAAUAUUUACAAUUAUUCAGUUGCUGAUUCUAGUAUUUGUGACAGGCAUAAAUUGGACAGAAUAUCUGCUUCAUAACUAUACCUGCACAGGAUAUUGGUAUUCACGCCUGUGCGUUCUCUAAAUGUUGGCAGUUCUUUUUAUUUUUGUCAUUUACCUCUCACUAGUCUUAAAGUUCUGAUACAAAUCAGGGUAGGGGCUUAGACAGUACAUGCAAAACAACUGUCUUGUCUUCAGGUUAAUUUUUUAACCUUUAAGGAGGAAAGCAGGGAGCCUGUAUAACUUGUGCAAAUUGUCUUUGAAGGUUUUAUUGCUCUUUUCUUAAUUUCGUUUUAGUAUCUGAUUAGUGACCAUCUUAAAGAUCUUAUGACUGAAAGGUAAUCAAUAAACAUUUCAAUAAAACAGGUAAAUAAUAAAAUUAGGCGUGCAUAGUGCUACUGUUGGAUGAUCAGGAGGAUAAACACUGUGCUGACAUAUCACCUGGAACAUUAAUGCUUUCAUGUAUUCAUACAUUUUAGAUUUUAUUUGCUCAUCAUGUUUCAGAUUAUUGAAUUUUUCUACCUUGUUUUUGGCAGAAACCAUUGUCUACUUUUCUGACUGCUUUGGAAAUACAAUGGAAUACAUUUUUCUACUAUACAGUAUCUUCUGAACUUUUCUUUGUCUGGUUUGUGUGUGUGUGUGUGUGUGUGUGUGUGUGAGAGAGAGAGAGAGAGAGAGAGAGAGAGAGAGAGAAGCAGCCUUUAUCAGUACAGUACAACUCUCAGCCUGCAAGUUCUAAAUGCUCAUUAUGCCCAAUGAAAGUUUUUCUCUUCUGGGAAAAAUACUCAAAAUAAUAUAACUGCUAAACCACUGAAAUUACAGAUUUAUCUGUAACUGAAAAGUUGAAAUGCCUGAGCAUUAGAAGUUGAAGUGUGCAAAGCUUUAAUGGGGAUACUCAUGUUUGCAUGAUUUAUUCUUUUAAACAGAUGGACGUUAGUAGGAGGUGUAAUUCUUUCAGCACAUAAACUAUUAGCCAGUGUUACUUCUUGUGUGGGUGGUGCGAGUCUUAUAUCAGCAUACCAUAAUAGUAUACUUGUUUCAGAGCUAGACUCCCCCCCCCCCAUCAACAUGAAUUUUUAAAGAAGAGCUCUAUUUAAAUCUGUGAAUCUGUCAGGCAUUUAAAUCUAGGUUUUGUCACAUGGAUAACAUGGAGAAUAAUUGUUUCAUCCCCCCCAACCCUCAGUCUUUUCAUUUUUCUGUAGAUCUGUAUUUGCUGUGGGUAGUUGUACCAGUCUAAUUUUAUUUACCUUGAGGGCACAGUGUUUAAUAAUACUGAGCUGCACAAACUAUAACAGGCAGCACCUUAAUCUUGGUAGUUUUGUAUUUAUAUUUACACUUCUGCUUGUGUUUUACCCAAUCUUUUAAGAAAGAAUUUGAUACUAAUGUGUGUGUGCAUGCAGGCCCAAUUUUACUUGGGCUGCAUCCAGUUCCCCUUUCCCCCCUAGGGGCACCUGUCUUCUGCCACAUACCCAUCAAGAAUAAUUGCACCAUCUGGAAGACUUUUAUGUACCUGUAACUUGGGUUGAAUAUCUCUAGAGAACUGAAUUCCAGUGGAAUGCGAAUGUGACCCCUGGAGCCAUGUCAAGUGACUGCAGUAGCUUCUAGUUACUAAAGGAUGGCCACCUUAGGCUUUAUUUGUUUCAAGUCUUAUGCAAUUUGCUGUAGUGAAGAUAGAGUAUGUGUUGCUAACGUAAUUUUGUUUACUACUUUCGUUGAAAAAGAACUUCAGCUUUUUCUUAGCUGAUAACGUGGACAAAGCAACACUAAAUAAACGUAAGGAAUGUUGGGUGAUAGAUAAUAUGAGCAGGUGCCAUACUGCUUGUCAACUACUGUUGUCUAUCAAUUCCUGCUCUGUACUUCGUCCACUGACAUUUCUCUCUGUCUAAGGUUCUACUAAUUAGCAGCUGUUUUUAGACUGGAGUACUUCCCGGGUUAAUCACGUGUUUCUUCCUCCGUAUUCUAUUUUUAUCUAUUCUCUAUCAUAUGGUAAUAGACUUCAUUUAUAUUUUCAUUCAAUGGCUGUGGAAACUGAACUUGUCUUCUAACAUUAUAACUUUAGUUUGCAACUUCGUUUGAAAUUGGUCGUAUAACUUGCAUAAUCACCAUACCUAUCCAGAAAAUACUCUAUGCCAUUGCAUAUUGAUUGCUUUUUCAAUUAUAUAAGCCAUCUCUAUAUGCUAUAUAUAUAUUGGUAUCCCUCUGCUAAUACUGUUUAGACACCACAUCUCCCGUCAUUCCUGAUCAUACAAUAUGGUGGCUGAUGCUGAUGGUAGUUGUAGCCCAAAACAUCUUUAGCCACCAAGAUGGAGAAAGCUAGCCUUAGGGCUGGUCCAUACUUUGCUUGUCCCAUGCUUAGAAAACAUGGGUCUGAGUGGUUUUCCAUUUGUCCCACUGCUUUCUCCAGGAAAACCUGCUCUUUACUGCUGAAUUAGAGCAAAUCUCAAGCCCUGUAAACAGCAAGUGAUGUUUGUUCUGAUUCAGUGGUAAAAAGCAGGUUUUUCCUGGGGAAAAGCAGCAGGAUGAGCGGGAGUGUGGAUGAGCCCUUAGUGUUGAGAAUGAUAUAGAAGCUGUAAUUUUGAGAGAUCAGGAGCAAGCUGCAGUGAGCCUUGGACUUGCAUACAGUGGUACCUCGGGUUACAUACAUUUCAGGUUACAUACGCUUCAGGUUACAGACUCUGCUAACCCAGAAAAAGUACCUCGGGUUAAGAACUUUGCUUCAGGAUGAGAACAUAAAUCGUGCUCCGGCGGCACGGCAGCAGCAGGAGGCCCCUCCAUGAAGACUAGAUAUUCUGUUUUGGUGCCCACAACCCAGGUCCCAGAAGCCAUUUUGCUCCUAGCUUUUCAAUCCCAGUUUCUAACACUGUACGUAAUGUGGAGCUUUCUAAAGAAGCAGUAGAGAACUAUAGAUUCUAAAGUGAAAGCAGAAGUUCAUUCUCUCCUCUCACACAUAGAGGAGAACAGGGCAGGACACAAGCUGUGGCUCAUCCUCAGUCAUCUAAAUUGGUCUUAGGAAAAAUUAUUUGAAUGUUCAAAAUUCUGAUCUGACUUAACUUUUUUCUUUCUUUUUUUCUUUUUUGCAGAGGUUUUGUGUUGGAUAGCAGGAACAACCUGCAGAUGAGAGGCUUGGUGGUUUUACUUAUAUCUAAGGCAGCUGGGCCCGGCAUAACAGCAGACAGCUCCCUCCAAAAUGAUAUGAUCAGUGGGAUACAUUCUAGGUAAGAAUUUUCUAAUGCAAAAGAUGCAGAGUCACAUCUAUUUUCUUUUCAGAUUAUGCCAAUAUGUGUGUGGUUGUUUUUUUCAAAAUAUGCAAAUACAGUGGCACCUCGGGUUACAGACACUUCAGGUUACGGAUGCUUCAGGUUACAGACUCCGCUAACCCAGAAGUAAUACCUUGGGUUAAGAACUUUGCUUCAGGAUGAGAACAGAACUUGCCCUGAGGCAGCAGGAGGCCCCAUUAGCUAAAGUGGUACCUCAGGUUAAGAACAGUUUCAGGUUAAGAACGGACCUCCAGAACAAAUUAAGUUCUUAACCCAAGGUACCACUGUACUAUUGAGAUAUAUGAGAAUAAUAUUCAGUAAGACAGUUUCCCUUCCUCUUUCCAUCUACGCUUCAUUAAAAAGAAAAGUUGUGUAGUGCUUUUUGUAUAUGAUGAUCUCUACAAUCCUUACUUUUAUCCCUGUUUGCAACAACUCUAUGAGAUCCUUAUAUAGGCAUUUCCCAGAUAGGAUGCUGCACUGAAAAAUAGUGUUCUAAGUGAAUGCACAGCAGCAGGAUUUUCUUUCCACAUAGAUAGUUUUAUUGUAGCAAAAGCACUCAUCUUUUCCAUCCAGGCCCAAGUACUGCACGUAUCACUUUCCAGUUUGACCUUAUAUUACUUCUUAUUGUACUGAUACACAAUAAAAAGGGUCUAUUUUUCAGUGAAAUUAUUAUUAAACCGCUUUGAGGGUUGUUGUUUUACAAUCAAGCGGUGUGUUAAUUUUAUGAAAUAAAUAAAUAAAUAAAUAAUUGUUAAAUUGCCUUCCUUCAUUUGGAUCACCUCCCAUACCUUGGUAUCCAAUCCUCCAAUACUGGUGCAUUGAUCUCCCCUCCCCCCAAAAAAAGCAACCUGAAUUGUAACUAAUUGUUGAAUGGGCAGCUGUUAGUAGGUGUACAACUAUAUUCCUGCCUUCUAACAUGACUCGGUCUUUUACAUAACCAAAAAGCAUAACUAAUAGAUUGGCUCAUAACUUAUAUCCAGUAGUGAUGGCUCUUUUACUGUCUCUGGUAGAAAUCAUUGGCUUCCAUUGCAGCAAAAUGUUGAUUCAGGAUAUGGGAGAAAUUAAUGAGGUGUAUAUAGGUAGAAUGAAUGACUUGGCCUCUGCAAACCAUGGUCCAAAUAUCUGAGGUUGGGGGGAAGCCUGUGCAGAUGUCUUUGUCUUCUUAUAAUGAUGAGUGUUUUGGCAGUGGUGAUAUGUAAUAUGUAAGGAGCAGUUCUUGCCGGAACCACAAGAUGAAGAAAUAUGCUGCAUCCUUGUAAGAUUACUACCUAUUUUCCAAACAUAAUAAUACAGCUGACCUACUGAGGCACUGAGUUAGCUGUAUAUCUUCAUUGACUGUUACUUUUCCAGGGUGUUUUAAAGAAAGACAGGUAAUCAGUAUCUGCUCACAAAGAUUUCCUGUUUUAGGAAGUUGAACAGAAGUCACAUGUGGAUCUUGAACCAUUCAUAGGAAAUAUGAUGUUGACCAGUUUUCCAAACCAAGAAGCCUUCAUCAAAUCACUCUUUGAUCACUGAGAAUUACCAAAAUAAUGACCAUGGAAAACUGAUUCAAAUGUGACAGUUCUAGAUGAUUGGUCACGUAGGGGUCAUUGUUAAGAGUAGCUGCAUUUAACUUGCAGUGUGGUGAUGAUCCUUACAGAAUGUCUUUAUUUAGAAGAUGCCUGGAAAAGCUUUUGUGCUGUGCCCAGAUAUAAGAAAAUUAGACAAGGUGUGAUUGCAUCAACAGCAGUUUUUUGUGCAGCAAGAAGCAGUUUUGGAUGUGUGGGCAGCUGUUGUCAGGAAUGAAGUUGGGUGGUGGUAAUAAAGAUUUGGAUUGGAAGUUGGGUGAUGGGAAGGAACCAUAGCCCCAGUCCUGAUCAGGGUCCUAUGUGGCUAUUAUUUAUGCAUUUAAUGCACCAUCUACAUUUUUUAUGCUUAAUCCUGUAUGAUUUGAAGAUGUAGCAACCUGUCAGUAGUGAUAAUGCAGAAUCCUUACUUGUGCUGGCUCCCUGGUUCACUGUCACUAUCUUUAGUAGGCUGCAAGGGAACUUAAGGUGUACCUGCUGCAUGGUAGUGGUGAACAAUUUUGCCUGACAGCAGCAUGGAGCUAUUGUGCUGAAGGACUCAAUGGUCACUGCUGUUACUGACAUGAACCCAUGAUAGAGUGGUUUGGUGGUGGGUGCAGGCACCUGAAAGUUCCCUUCCCUGGCAGAAGGGCAGUUUUCUAAGCUUUCGUGUGCAUAUAAAGAUUUUACUCAUGUCUAAUAUAUUUAGGUGCCUGUUUCAGAUGCAUGGAGGAAGGGCAUGCCAACUGCACACACGGUACAUUGUCUAUACAGUAUUAUGCACUAUAUACUAGCAUGUUGAUGUAAAAGCCCUACUGAAGAAUUCCCAGGUUCUUAACAAAUCUGCCAUGCCAACAUAUGGCUCUGACUUCAAUACAUGGCUUGUAGAUGCAUUUCUGUUGAAAGAUAUUCAGAAAAUUUAAUUAUGCUUCCCAGUAGAACAGGCAUAAAUUAAGUAAAAUGUAACCCCCCUCCUUCCCUAACUGAAGAUCAGCAACUGAUAUAGGUUUCCAUGCAUCAAAAAAGCAUUUUGCAAAUGUUAAAAUGAGAACAAACUAUUAAAAAAACAGUGGAAGGGAAUUGCCUUAAUAAUAGAAAUGAGCUGACACCAACUUUCCAAAAUGCAUCUGAUUAAUCUGAUCCUGUCCCAGAGGCGGCAGCAGUUGCAAGGCUCAGAAGGGAUUUUUAUCCCUUCCCUGCUGCUGAUUAUAGCAGCACACCUGGUGAUAGGGGCAAGGGCUCAGAGGCAGCUUGCCAUCUCCUUUAACUGUUUAGUAUCAUCACAUGUACAUAGCAAGGCCCAUCUGCUUCAUUGGUAUAUUUUGCCAAAAGCAGAGGAAACAAGCACCAUGAUGAGGUGAAAAUUGUGGCUGGGGGAGAGGAUGGAAUAAAUCCCUUUAAAGCAAGUUUAAAUGUUAGAGGGUUCAAAGUGUUGCAGGAGGGAAAUUGGGGAUUCCACCUCCUAUUAAUUAAAAACAUAGGGUCCCCCCACACUUUGGUGCCUUUCUCAUUAAUUAAUGCUUGUUCUCAAAGCAUUAAUAGCAUGUCAUAUCCAUCCUUGUUUACUGAGAAAUAAUUUUCUUUGGUAAUUCAAGCUUUAAUUUUACUCUCUCUCAGUGGACCUUACAUUAAUGUUUAGAACUGGAAAGAACCAAUAAUAGCUACCCUUGAAGUGUAAAAUGUUAUAUAUAUAUAUAUAUAUAUAUGUUGUUUUUAUGAUUUUGAAAAAGUCUAUGCCCUUUUGAUAAAACGUCUCAUUUCUUGAAAGCCUAUCUGCUCACCUACCUUAUGAAGCACUGUCUUUAUCCAACAGUGUAUGUGAUAUGGAAGUGACCAAUGUAAGGUUGUGGAACCCAUUCAGAAAUCAUAAGAUAGUAAAGUUUUUAUCCGUCAUCCCUUCUGUACAGAUGUAUGCACAUGCAUAUAUACAUGUUUAUUUAUCACAGUUUAUGUCCCACCUUUUCACUCAAGGAGCUGAAGGUGGUGUACAUGGUUUUCCCCUCCCCAGCUUAUCAUCACAACAAACAACCCUGUGAGGUAGGUUAGGCUGAUAGACAGUGACUGGCCCACAGUUACCCAGUGAGCUUCAUGACUUGAGCAGAAAUUCAUACCCUGGUAUCCCAGGUCCAACACUUGAGAAGGACUUACUAGUACUAAAGCCAUUAAUACCCACAAAUCAGUGCUUCCAUCAUACAACUAUUUUACAUAGCUUUGAAUGUAAGCAGUAAGAUUGGCCAAAUUUCUGCAAUAAUAAAAGCUUUCUUUACUUGGAUGAGGCAAAUUUUUAUUUCAGUGUUUGUUUGACACUUGGAAUACCAAAUGAUUUUCAGCUGUUUCAUCUUGAUCUGAGAAAUGAAACAAAUAUUUUGAAACAAGUGCCACUUAACUAUAUUUGAAAAUGUGUUCUUGUUCAUGCAUCAUAGGGCUGAAUCCAUCAGUAUUGUCACUUUCCAGCUACAUUGGUAUGGCUAUAUAUUUUUAAAGCUAUGUGGAAAUAUUUCAGGGAAACACUUGGACAGAUGAGCAUCUGUUCACAGGUUUGGUGGUGUCUGUACAUAAUUGGCAAUGCAUAUUAAUGGGAAUCUGUUUACCUUGCUUCAGUUUGUCUUGCAUAGUCAUUGCAAAUAAACUUUUAACUGGAGUUUUGAAGGCACGAACCUAAAAUUCAGAAAAUAGCAUGCAGUUUAAUCUACCUAUUAUGUGCAAAACUAUUGCCAUUUUUUUAAUGGUCUUUACCUUCUCCAUUUUUUUAAUGGUCCUUACCUUCUCCAUUUUAAAAUAUUUUUUAUUUGAUACAAUUAUCAGAACAUACAGAAAGUUAAAUAAAAAGGUAAAAGUAAAGGACCCCUGGACAGUUAAGUCCAGUCAAACCUGACUAUGGGGUUUGGCGCUCAUCUUGCUUCAGGCCGAGGGAGCCGGUGUUUGUCCACAGACAGCUUUCUGGGUUAUGUGCUUCUGGCACAACGGGACACCUUGACAAGUGCCAGAGCGCAUGGAAACGCCGUUUACCUUCCUGCAACAGCGGUACCUAUUUAAAGCCACCUUUCUGUAAGAUAAAAUAUAUUUGCCUUCGGCAGACUAUUACUCCGUGUAAGGGGUUUGACUAAUCACAUUAUUAAUACCUCAGUAGUAAAUGUUCUUUAUAAAAAUUACUACUGGGCUUGAUAUUUUGCAAGUUUUAAUGCAGUUGAAGAUUUGUGGCAUGGCAUCAAUUUAAAUAAUAUAAUAUCCCACAAUUUCCCAGCCUUUCUUGUUUCAAAGGUAUCUCCUUACAUGUCCAGUGAUUAGCAUAAACCAGUUUAGAAAUUAGUGACAAGAGUGACUGUUUUGUUCUGAGGACUAAAUCUGGUAUAACAGUUAAAAGUCAAACAAAAGUUUUGGUACAUUAACAAGAAUAAAGGACAAUACUGCCUUUAUUUGUUCCCAAAUUCAGAAUUCUAUAAGAUGUCCACCAUGUAUAGAUGGAGUUUGCUCUUUUUUUGGUACAUAGAAUUGUAGAGUUUUAGUCCAACUUCCUGCAAUGCAGGAAUGUCAGCUAAAGCAUCCAUGGCAGAUGGUCUUCCAACCUCUGCUUAUAAACCUCCAAUGAAGGAGAGUCCACUUCUGAGAGUCUGUUCCACUGUUGAACAGCUCUUAUUGUCAGAAACUUCUUCAUGUUUUGUUGGAAUCUCCUUUCUUGUAACUUGGAUCCAUUGGUUCGAGACUUACACUCCAGAGCAAGCUUGCUCCAUCUUCCAUGUGACAGUCCUUUAGAUAUUUGAAAAUGGCUAUCAUAUCUCCUCUCAGUUUCUUCUUUUCCAGAUUAAACAUUCCAAGCUACACAUACCCAACUCCAAAUUAUUGACAGAGAAGUGGAUUGUUGUUGUUGUUGUUUAGUCGGUUAGUCGUGUCCGACUCUUCGUGACCCCAUGGACCAGAGCACGCCAGGCACUCCUGUCUUUCACUGCCUCCCGCAGUUUGGUCGAACUCAUGUUGGUAGCUUCGAGAACACUGUCCAACCAUCUCGUCCUCUGUCGUCUCCUUCUCCUUGUGUCCUCAAUCUUUCCCAACAUCAGGGUCUUUUCCAGGGAGUCUUCUUUUCUCGAGGUGGCCAAAGAAGUGGAUUACUAGUGAUAAUGGCUAUAUGGAAAGGUCUGUUAAUGUGUCUGAACUUGGCCACCAAAAAUUAUUUCUAGUAGUCACUAGGAAUAUAGUAAAAGUAUUCCUGAACACAUCCAAUUGUCUUUCUGUCUUCACGGUUAUCUGGCACAGUACUAGCAAUAACUAUUUCCAGCUUUAUAGGUAUUGUCUAAUUUCAGAAACGUUAAAUGUCAUUGUAUUGGCAUAGUUAUGCAACAGUAGACUCUGCCUGAUUUCUGCUGAUCCAACAGCUCCUAGUAUAUCUUUCUCUUGAACAGCCCUACUUCCAGUCUCCAGGGCUCCUGUUUGACUACAGAUACAGCUCUUGUGCAGGUUCCUGAUGGAACAUAUCAGUCCUGAAACUGGCAUUGCACAAAUGCACCAUGCCACAGUUCCAGACCUUGCCUUGGCCAGAGCAGGGCCGAUGCUGGUAAAUCUUGGCCAGGUAGGUGGGGUACCUGAAAGGAAGGUGGAAGCAUCUUUUACGUAUGGAGCUCCUGAUUGCAGAUGGUCCUUUUGCCUGAUUUUUCAGCGAUGCCUCUACCCUCCAUUGUCACAACCAGCCUCAUUCAGGUUGUUCAGGAGAGACUUCCAGGAAGCUGCUGGGGGAAAGGACAGUCAGCUUCUGCCAACACCCCCCUCCCUUUACCAUAUGCUUUUCUCUGAUUCCAGCCCAAAAUCUUGUAUUUAAUUAUCUUCCUUUUAGAAUUCAUAUUGGAUUUUGAAAACAUGUUUUCACAUUUCAGUGGCAACUGUUAAGUAAGGUCAGUUGUUUAAACUAUCACUGUAUAUUUGAAAUUAUAUCAAUUGCAGUGGUGAUUCUAAGGCAGAAAGUUCUUAAUUUAAGAUGUCACAGUCCCAGCAGGUUGAUGGGACUCCUGUAUGGAAGAAGUGAUGUUAUGCAGACUUCCACCAUGCCUGCAUGGUGAGGAGCAAAAGUGCCAUGACCAUAUGAUCUGUGGGGUUGGGCCAAUUGAGACUGCGGACUGUCCUGUUCACAGUGCCACUGCAUACCAUUAUUUGGCUGCUGCAUUUUGGACUUUCAAAUGCAGCCCUAUCUAGAAUUCAAUAGAAUAGGUGUUUGUUACUGUAGCAUGUAUGACUGUGGCUAGGACUGCUUUCUUCAGGUAAGGGCACAGCUUGCUUACCAGCCAAAAGUGGAUAAAAGGGAUCUUGACCACUCCCACCACUUGGGCAUGCAGAAGUAACUCCAGAUCCAGCAGCACCCACAAGAUGAAAAUCCAGUUCUUACAAGGGAAUGCAACCCCAACAGGAGCAGGCUGUACACCUUUUGAAUGGAUCUGCCCCCCAAAUGGUUGCUUUGACUGGACUGGAUAAAAUUUUAUUUUCUUCAUCCUCAUUCAAUCUUUCGCUGAUGUCAAACAAAUGCAAAGAAAUAAAUUCAAGGCUAGCAGUUCAGUUUGGGGGGUUUUGUUUUUGCUGAUUCCACCACUUUUCUUAGUUUGUAGCCUUAAUAUUUGAAUGUAGCUUAUCUUUAUUUAUAACAAUUCAUUCAUUGUAUUUAUCUGUCUUACUAAUCAUAGGUUUUGAUACAUAAAAAUUAUAUUUCUAUUCUCUCUCUUGGUACACUCUGCUGGAUAAUUAAAAAAAAAUUUAAGAGACCUUUGAUCUAUCAUUUCUAUAACAUAAAAUAUAACUUAAUUUUAUUCCUGACCAUAAUGGCUUUAACCUUGUGUACUAAUUUGAAUAUGCUUGUGGAGGUAGAAUCUUAAAUGAGACACAAAUGAAGGGAAAAUUGCUAAUGCUGGCACUGUAUAUCUAAUGAGUACGGUGUAAUAAACCAUAACCUCUUCAACAGUUCUGUGGAAAACAGUGUGAUUAUUUUGGAUGGAUGGCUCUUUGUGUAUGGCUCAUUACCAUCUGGCAUAAUCUGUAUUGAUAUAGACUGUAAUUGUGAACUAUUUGACAUGCUGCUUUUAAUAAAUGUGACUUGGCUGGUUUGGGCUGGUAUAUAGGAAACUGUAACAAGGGAGUUAAAAGCCGUCUUUCAGAUCUGAAUCCCAGUCCAGAUUCCUUGUGUGCGGGAAAAGACCACCUCCACAGAUCCUCCUCCACAAAACAGAUGGUCAGCUCUGGGGUGUGUGUGUGUGUUUAGAAUUAGUUUUGCUCAAACAGGUGAUUGGUGAUGUUAGAUUAGAUAUAGGUAUAGACUAUGCCAGCUGUUAAGUAGUACCUCCACUCUAUAUCCUAACCUAGCUUCUGGAUUGAGAGACUCCACCCACCCUUCUAUCCUGUUGCAUCCUGUUGGAUCAAGUUAAGGAGCAGCCAAUUUGCAGAUAGGUGCUUGAUAUUACGUUCUUGCUUUCUGAAUCAGGACAAGUGCAGUUAACUUCCAGUGCAAAAAAGGAAAGGUUUAGCUGGAGGACAUAUUGAGGCAGUUUUUGCACUCUUCCAUCACUCCUGGAAUUCUUCCCACAAGGCAGUUGGUAGUAAAUGGCCCUGUGGGGCCUUGGGGGCUUGCAGCUGAAGCAGGCUCUGAUUAGGUACUCUCUAGUUAGUUUAUUUAACAAGCCUCAGAAACCAUGGUUUGAAGAUGGCUUGUCUUGCAACAGACUGGUGUUCAUUACAAACGAUGAUCUCUGGUUCCCUUUUGAUGAAAAGUUGAGAUGAGGGAGCAAUGAAAGUAAACGUUGCUGGAGUCUUCCUCCAGCUGCAUGAGACAAAGGAGAGAAAUCCUUUUAGACAGACCACACAUGCAUAUUACAGGCCUAGAGACCCUUUUAGACACACCGUACUUUCUGUUUUCUCCUACAGACAUACACAUCCUUCAUAUAUACCACGUCCCCUGGCAGUGCACUGAAGGAAGUUCAGUUUAAAACAAUGGGCUGCGACCUUAACAGACACAAGACAAAAGGGUGGGGGGGAAGGGUCAGGGACACAAGAGGAAAGUAAGUACAUUCACCAGUCCUUACAUUAUGAUUACCCAGUGACCAGAUGGAGUGGCUGUUUGUGAGGGCAAUCCUGGAGGAGCCAAGCAGCAAUUGGUCCCAGUGAGGUUGAUGAGCAGAGGAUAGGCUCACUGCCCCACUUCUUCAGAUGUAGCUAUGUGGAAAUGCUUACAGAGUGAGGGGGGAGGGAAGCAUCCCUUGCCAAUAAAACAUAAUAAAUCUUAAUUCUCACAAAUAAUGGGCCACAAAAAAUAAAUUAAACACUAGGGGCAUGAUCCAGACUCGCCUCUGUUCACAGCUCUGUAUGUGUGGCAGGAAGAUUUCUGAUACAGGGAUAGCCAAGCUCAAGGAGUUGGAUUGGAUAACUAAAUAUGUUUGCUAAAAUAACUUUAUAUUUUUAAUACUAAAAACUAUAAAAUAUUAACGGUUGUUAGAUUCCCAAUUUCUGUUUAAAAAUUAUUUGAAAACUGUUAAAUCUAAGGAGUUUAGAUUCAUAUGUGUUGUGCCAUUUAGUUACACUGUAAUGUGGUUUCCAGAACAUGCACUGACAAAUCCACAACACUUGAUCAUUGUUAUUAUGAACGCCCAUUGUUUGCAAUGUAAUACAAUCCUGAGACAGGACAGUGCCCUUCAGAUGCGAGGGUAGAUUUAAUAUUGAGACAACGCAAGCAUCUAGAAGUAAAUGAUUAUCUGCACACUGCAUUUUCUAAGAGACCCCCUUCCUGCUGCAUCAGAAUUUGUAUAUGUAGCAAUGAGUUCCAUGAGUUCCACGUUUUUCUUAAUUGUAGAGAUUGGUUUUUGUUGUUGAACUGAAAACAGCCAUAUUAGUUAAAAGUUAUUAUUAGGGAUAAAUCAAAUGCUCUGUAAUAUGAUCUAAGGAAAUGUGAACAUAUUAUAGAUUGGUGAGGUUUUAAUGCAUUUCGGUAGAAUCAACCAAGUCAGUUGGAAAUUCUGCUGCAAAUGGUAUGUCAAAUACAAAAAAAACCAAAACCCAUUUAUUCUGUGUGAAAUAGUGAAAAAUAAACUGGCUGCGCUCUAGGCAUCUUUUGCAAGAUGGAGCUUGUUAUGGUACAUUGCCAUGUAUUAUAAUCCGGAUAGUACAGUUUUAUUUGAUUAUAUAUAUACCCACUCAGCUCAGCUGCUUCAGAUCUACUUCAUAGCAUAGAAAGUAUACACUGCCUCAUUUAAAGCAAAUUGUGGCGCUUGAGCUGUUUACCUUAGUCUACUAGGAAGUGUAAGGAAAUCAGCCCUGAGUGCUCACUGGAAGGACAGAUCGUGAAGCUGAGGCUCCAGUACUUUGGCCACCUCAUGAGAAGAGAAGACUCCCUGGCAAAAGACCCUGAUGUUGGGAAAGAUGGAGGGCACAAGGAGAAGGGGACGACAGAGGACAAGAUGAUUGGACAGUGUUCUCGAAGAUACAAACAUGAGUUUGACCAAACUGCGGGAGGCUGUGGAAGACAGGAGUGCCUGGCGUGCUCUGGUCCAUGGGGUCACGAGGAGUCGGACACGACUAAACAACUAAACAACAACAACUAGGAAGUGUGAGAGGGAGCUCCCCAUUCAGACUUCCCUUUGUGGCUUUCCCAUACUCCUUUUGUGCUCAGUGCGUGAAACAACUUGGAUUGUGGCAGAAGGGUAAAUUGCUGGACCUCAGAAUAGUAGGGCUCCCAAACUGCGGACUAAGCUAAGAAGGAUGAUGGGCUGCCCAUUGAAUAGGGAGGAAUGGGAGCAAUGGCAGAAAUGACAGUGGUGGGGACUCUUGAUGAAGGAGAUAAAGUCAAAGUUGGAUCUUACUUUUGCCGGUGCAUCUCACGUAAAAUGGGUGAGUGCAUAUGCGCCUUGAGCUAUAUCUAGUGUAAGACUUCAGGAUAAGGACGCUCAUCUGUAUACUGUCAACUGCAGCCAUAUCUCUACCCUGUCAAAAUAAUUAAUAAUAAUAAUUUGUGCUGAUAAUAGUUAACAAUAAUUUAGUCUUAAAGGAGUAACGUAAAAAAAGAAAGAAAAGAAAAUGGAUCUGACACAUUUGGAAGUCGAUAGGGAAAGCUGGAUUUUUAAAAAUACUGUACAGCAUUUCCAGUGUUUCUAUUUCUUUUUUUACUCUUAAUUCCCCUAUUAGCUCUGUUCUGGCACAUCUUAUUUUUGGUGCUCUCAAAGCAUAGCUGUUAAUUCAGUCUCACAGUUACAUAAUAGGCCUAAGCAAAUACAUAUAUUUUGUAAGGCUAUUGCACGUGCUACUAAUGUUACAGAGCUGCAGAAAUGUAACUUGAUGUUGCUUGGUUUGGUAAAGUAUUCUCUAGGCAGGAGUCAACUCAGUUGUUACUGGUGCAGACCAAUGUCCGCUUGUACAAUGGGACUCUCCCUGUUGGGAUUCACAGGAUGCUGUGUAAGUAAGUCUGCAGGCUUCAGUUUGCAACAGGCUGAUGCAAUACUCUCUGGAAUGACUCAGCAGUAAUGUGAUUGGCUGUCACUGGUUUAAAAGUAAAGCCUGUCCAAUAGUAAUGGUGGUAGAGUGGUGUAGAUAAGUGUAGAGUCUUCUUUUGCCUCAAGGUGCAGGUACUCUGUCUGAACUGCUUCUGUAGAUAUUUGUAUAUAUAUUUAGCUCACAAUAAUAAAUACUGCACUAAAGAACCUGGGACUCUGAGCAUUCUGCUAAAAGCGCCGCGAGGAAUUUGCGACACUCCCCCCUUCCCUUCCCUUCCCCCCGCCCAUCAGCUCUGGAGAGUUGAGGGAACCCUCAGGUUUGAGGGGGCAGAGGGAGAAGUCUGGAUGCGCAGUUGCCCUUUAUUUCCUGCCCCCAAAAGUUAGUGCUAGGUUGGAUUCCACUGUGUUUUGCUUAUAUUACGUGAAAGCAGGGGGGAAGUGGAAAGCUAGUAAAAGUGACAGUCAAAAUGAUUACUUUUGAAAAAGAAUGAAUGCUGAGGAUAUAAAUCUGCCUUAAAAACAUUUGGUUAUAUUGAAAUUAGGUGUGACUAACUUAGGUACAUUAAUAUCAGUGGGUCUACUCUGAGUAUAAUUUUGUUGGAUACAAUUAUUGUCUCACCUAAUCGCCCUGCUUCGAACCCAAGAUUAGUGAAGGGUUGUUCCAUGUGCACAGUGGAAAGGUAAUGAAACUUUAUGUUCAUAUGCCCUUCUCUAUAAAUAGGUUUGAAGGCUCAGUGUUAGUACUGAAAGCUAGCUGUGAGAACUGAUCAUGAUGAGAUUGUCUACUUGUUUGUAAAUCGGCUAAUUAAAGUUUAAAUCUGUUGCUUUAGCCACUAGAUUUUGAUCAUUAUUACUUCUAACAAUGUUACACUUCCCUAUAGUGCUUUUUUCUGCCAUUUUGUAAACGGCAGUCUCUGUGACUUUUCUGUGCCCAUAGGCAGUCAACAUUGAUUUAUCCAGGAAAGAAUAAUUCAGUAAGGCUGCAAUCCUAAUAAACCUCACUGAACCCAGGAAUAUUUACUUCCAAAUAAAAAUGCACAGGAUUAGGUUGUAAACCGUGGUUCAGAUGACUGCAGUGCUUGAAAGCAGUAUAAAUACCGUAUUCUUCUUUCUUAUUUCAGAGGGCUGCUUUCGUAGUAAAUAAAUGUUCAACAAGUGAUUUUAGUGUACUUUAUCUAUUAUGGUUUACUUAAGUAAAAAUGGGACCAUAGUUAAUAAUCUCUUGCAAAGUAGACAACCUCUUAAUUACUAUGAUUUCACCACUCCCAAGAUUUCUGUAGAAGAUGUUUUCCCUCCUAACACAUUAAACUGAAUUCAGACUGCUUAAGAAUCUCCUAUUCUGGUAUCCUGUAUUAGAACUCAGAUUCUUUGAGAGAUGCCUAGAGCUGUUUUAUAUAUUCAGAUGACAAAGAUUGCUUUACCUUGUUUGUCAUUUUAGUUAAAAAUUAAGUAUGCAUUAUCAGAAGAUGUCGUCUAGCAUUUAAAAAAAUUGAAUAUACUAAAUACAUGAGCUAUAUUUUUAAUGCAGUAGGCUGAAUAAUACAGGUUCUGUUUGGAGAGCAAACAAGAACACAGAAACCUAAGGAAAAAUGGAAAGGAAGGCUCAGAAAGUAUGACACUAAUGUAUUUGUGUAACCUUUUUGUGGCAAGCUGUACAGAGAGGAUUUUUGUUUCCUUCAUUAAAAGCUUAUUAAAGGGGAAAAGGGACACUGGGGGUGGGGUGGGGGUGGGGGUCAGAGAGGUGAGCUUGAUCUCCUCAGGAUAUUAAUGUGUGCCUUCAGCUGGGGGAAAUGAGCCAUCACUUGAGUAAGCUGCAGCUUUAUGUACUCGUCACUAGGGAUCCCCAUAUGUCCUGGGAUCAGCAGCAGUCAGACCUCAGUUGUCAAGAGCAGAGGACACUCAUUGGUAUUCAUGGCAGGUAUCUCAGCUCAAUCUGCCCAGAGCAAGUCUGUUUAAUGUUGAUCAGCUGUCCAUCUGAUAAACUGAAUUGAUAUGGACAUUUUCUCCAAGGGCUGCCCUGACAAUGACAGCAGAAGCAUCAGGAUGUCUUGUUAGUUGCCCUCCCUCCUCUUCCCUCGUUCUAGGAUGUGUUAACCCUUCUUUAGACAUAAGGUUAUGACAGAAUGUAAUUUUCUGUCACAUUCAAUAGAUGACUUUUAUUCCUGCCACUGUCUGAAACAAAAAGGUUAAAUUUAGCAUAUGAAAAGGUUUGUUGUCCCAUAUACCCAUUGCUAUAAUUUAUCUAUGUAUGGUAAUAGAAUGAUAAAGUGCAUAAAAAUGGGGUAUUUUUAGACCCUUUUUUAAAAGUGUUUUUGUUGUGGUUGUUUUUACUUGCAAUUAUCAACAUGGUUUAGGGUUGUUAGUACACAUUUGAAGAAUGGGGAUAUCCACAUUUUUAUUUCUUUUUAAACACUAUUUUAUAUUGUUAAGUAUUUCCUUAAAUCUAGUAAGACUCCUCAUGUCAGGGCCUUAUUAUACAUGGCAACAUAUAUGUAUGUAAACAAAUAUGUUUUAUUAGUCCUCUUAUUUUGGAGAGGAAAGCAGCCAUGGGCCCUGUGCUUGUUUGCUGCUGAAAUUUGCCACUUACCUGGCUGCUUUUCUGGUCCUUAAGAUUCUUGUUUGUAGCAAACUCCGUGGGGGGGGGCAAAAACACAGCCAUGUAAGGAGCAGUUUUUCAAUAGAAAAUAAACACAAGGCCCUGAUCAGGGUCAGCACCAGCUGCUUUUUCUCCAAAAUAAAAUCAAUCAGGUUAAACACAGUUGUUCAAACGUGUGAGUUAAUUCAUGUGCAGUUUGCCCCUCAAGUGGGCCAGGCGGGAUAGGCUCAAAAUGGUGUGCUCACAAAGUGCUGAAUGCUAUAUUUGUAUUGAUAAGUACUCCAUCUGCUAUAGUUUUCAGCAUUUCUCUUUUGUAGACAACCAGAUUAUACAGGUGUUUUGCAGCUAAUUGAACUGUUUCCUGUCUUUGCUUUAAAGCCAACGAAGUCUGGCAGAGAUUACUGAGUUGAUUCACACAGCUUUCCUGGUACAUCGUGGGAUAGUAAACAUUGGUGAACUGACAUCAUCAGAUGGCCCGCUGAAGGACAUGCAAUUUGGAAAUAAAAUGGCUGUCUUAAGUGGUGAUUUUCUUCUAGCAAAUGCAUGCACAAGCCUUGCUGAACUGCAAAAUACUAAGGUAAUAUGGUUUUUAUUGCUUUAAAGAAGGUGUAGGCUUCAUUUGUGUUUAUUUCAGUAGAUUUCUCUGCUGCCUUUUGUGAGCUAAUUUUGUUAGAAAUCCAUGUUCCUUGAGGCAUUAGAUGUCAUAUAAAACUGUACGUGCUGCCCGAAGGUCUGAAAUUUUAUCAGAUAUGAUAUGUCAGCUAUGUCAAAUAAAUUGUGCCAUAAAAUUAACUCUAUAUUAACCAUAUUUACCUACCAAUAAACUACUAGUAAGAUAGCAGACUUAUGUCUCCCUUAAGUAGAAAUCAUGAGUUAAAGCAAAUUGAACAUAGCUCAAUGAACUUAACUAAUUCCCUUUUAAAUAUGAAUAAUAUUGUUUGGAACAGGUUUAAAACUAGUUUUUGUUAGAAUUUUUUUUCAUCUUUUCCAUGAAACUUAGAACUCCAAUGCACAUAACCUUUUUCUAUAGUAGUAGUAGAAGAAGAAGAAGAAGAAGAAGAAGAAGAAGAAGAAGAAGUAUUGUUUAUUAAAUUCGUAUGCUACCCUUUAUCCAAAGAUCACAGGGUGAUUCACAACACAAAAAUACAUAAUACAUAAUAAAACAAAAACAAACCAAUAACCCCCUUCCCACAAACACAUUUAAAAGGCCAUAGAAUGUUUAAUCAGCUGAAGGCCUGGUUAUAGAGUAAUGUUUUCACCUGGUGCCUAAAGAUAUGUAAUGAAGGUGCCUGGAGAGCCUCCCGGGGAAAGCAUUCUACAAACAGGGAGCCACCACAGAAAUGGCCUGUUCUUGUGUUGACACCUUUCAGGCCUUUUAUGGAAGGGGGCACACAAAGAAGGGCCUCAGAUGAUGAGCUCAGGGUCCAAGUCAGUUCAUAUGGGGAGAGGCGGUCCCUGAGGUAUUGCUGUCCUGAGCUGUUUAAGACUUUAUAGGUGUAAACUAGCACUUUGAAUUGGGCCUGGAAACUAAUUGGCAGCCAAUGCAGUUGGACCAAGAUUGGUGUAAUAUGCUCAAACUGCCUUGUCCUGGUGAGCAAGCUGGCCAUUGAAUUCUGUCCCAGCUGAAGAUUCCAAACCAUCUUCAGAGGCAGCCCCAUGUAUAAGUAUAAUUUAUCUAAGUAAUCUAACCUAGAGGUUAUCUAAGUAUGAUAAAAGAAUGAUAAAAUUACUUCAUGUACUGCAGUUCGUUGGCUCUCAUCCAGUCCAUUACUGAGGCAAGACAAUGGUCCAGCACAUUCGCUGCCACACCUGCAGGUGUAAAGGUGAAGUAGAGCUGUGUGUCAUCAGCAUAUUGCUGACAAUGUUCUCCAGAACUCCAGAUGACCACACUCAGCAGUUUCAUGUAGAUGUUAAACAGCAUUGAAUACUGAGGAACCCCACAUUGAAGGCUCCACAGGGCUGAAGAGCACUCCCCAAGCAUCACUCUCUGGAAAUUACCAUAUUUUUCACUCUAUAAACACACUUCUUCCCUCCUAAAAAGUAAGGGGAGAUGUGUAUGCGUCUUAUGGAGUGAGUGCAGGCUGUGUGGCUAAGCCAGAAGCCAGAACAGGGAGAGGGAGCACUGCGCAGUGCUCCCUCUCGCUGUUCUAGCUUCUGGCUUAGCUGCGCAAAGCCUCCACAGGGCAGCGGGAUGAAGGCUCCCUGCUGCCCUGCGGAGGCUUCGCGCAGUUAUUGCGGGAGGUGGGGGGAAGGGACAGAGCACGCGGCUCUGUCCCUUCCCCCACCUCCCAGAAAAGCCCCCAAGAACCGCGCUCCCUUUAAAGAGCGCGUGGCUCUUGCGGGAGAUGGGGGAAGGGACAGAGGGCAGCUUAGCCGCGCGCAGCCUCUUCUGGGCAGGGGAAACCUUCAUCCUGCUGCCGGGAGAGGCUUCGGCGGCUAUCCCAGAAGCCAGAACAGCAAGAGGCUAUCCCAGAAGCCAGAUCCCUCUUGCUGUUCUGGCUUCUGGGAUUCAGAAUAUUUUUUUUUCUUGUUUUCCUCCCCCCAAAACUAGGUGCGUCUUAUCGUCUGGUGCGUUCUAUACAGCGAAAAAUACGGUACCAUCCAAGUAGGACCCAAACCGCUACAAAGUAGUGCCACCCACUUCCAAUUCAGACAACUGCUCUACAAAGGUACCAUGGUCGAUGGUAUCAAAAUCUGCUAAGAGGUUGAGGAGGAUAAACAGGGAGGUGUUUCCCCUGGCUGUCUCCUGACAUACAGGCAACCAAAGCAGUUCCAAUGCCAGAACCCUAAAUGAAAUGGAGCUAGAAACGCGGUUUCCUCUAAGAGCACUUGGAACUGUUGUGAAAAGUCUAAUCCAUCCUUGGACAUCUGUUACCACGGGAAAAUGUGAAUGAGUAGACUGUUCACACAUACGGUUCGUGAUAGGCAUAGAACUUUUAGAGCCACAGUGAUCACAGGGAUGACUGGUUGGACAUUUUGGUUGUGACCUGGUUCACACCCUGUUUUAUGUGAGCAUGUGCUCAAGAACAAAAAGUGGUAUUGUCUACCAAGUGUAUUCUGUGUACACGCAUGCUAAGAUGCACAGAGAGCUAUUGCAUGAACUUGGUCUUUUAUAAAAUCUGCAAUUAAAAUCAAGGGGGAAAGUAGCCAUAAAUCAUUCUCAGUCCUACUCAGAUUGAUGAAAAACAUGGAUAAAAUGCUGCUCAUUAUUCUGUCUUUAAGUACUUGAGCAAAAACGUGUAAUUAUUUCAAGCUUGCCUUGAAUCAGAUCUGUAGUAAAUUGAAGCACAGUAGCCUAAAAACUGCUUGUAUUCUCAAGCAAUUAAGCGGCAUGUCUGAAAGUUCUGCCAAAACAUGUUAACACUUUCUCCCACUUUUGACACCUGAAUACUUUAAUACCUUCUAUAUACCAUAAGUGGAAUACAGGCAAUUUAUUUAUCAACUCAUUCUUUCUUGCAUCUUAAAAAGCAUGAACAGUUGGACUAUAAGCUGUAAAAAUUCUUGACACUUACACUGACUUGACUUGGUAUUAUUUUGAAAGAUGAGUUUUUUUAGACUUGUGUAUUUUGCAUGAAGUGUAUAAAGCCAUGAAAUCCUCCCCCAUUUCCCCACCCACCACUUUGUGAAAUGUGAUUUCAGCUCAUUUACUAACCAUUGUUGCAUUUGAUUAUACAUGACAGGGUAAGGCCAUAUAAACCCUUCUAGGCAACACUAAUUCAGUAAUCCUGUACUCCCCAUUGGACCUAGUGGGGCUUACUUCUGAGUAGACAUGCGUUGUAAUGGUCCAUGUAAGUCAGUAAGUAUUUUGCCUUAUAAUGGAGCCAAUUGCUAUGAUUUCAAAGCCAGGUGGGGCUAACUCCUAAACCACCUAAAAUUUUCAGAUGGCCAUGAAUAGGAAGGCACAAAACACUUGACAUCUCUCCACUUUGCCUUUCCAAUUCUGAUAUGUAAUCCAUGAAGAAUGUCUGCCUCAAGUUGGAAAGCAAGUGGAGCUGCUGCUGCUGCUGCUGCUGCUGCUGCUAUUUCUUCCUCUUACAAGCCCUUGGAUUCAGCAUGGGGGCUGGAAGGAAACCUGUAACCCAGCAUGGACAAGAUGGCCGUUUCUAUGCUGCUGAGCUGCUAAGCUGGCAUCAGUCUUUUCCCAGCUGCCCAGCUGAUGGCUUCAUCAGCUGAGCUGCAGGGAAAGAUGGGCAGAACUCCCUGGGACUUGGCAGGCUGUACAGAGAGUGGCCAAGAGUCAUGUGUGGCCUGCAGGUUGCUCCACAGAGUUCUAUUAUUAUACCCCAGACUCUGUGGAGAGCUUUUAAUUUCUUGCAUUCCUAGCAUGUAGGACCAUCUUCCAAGGCAGAUUCAUGGGAAGCCAGCUAGUGACCAGUUUUAUAUAUUAGGAUGUGCUAACAAGUGCAGUGAAACAAAUAAUUGUGUGUGACACGUUACAAAGAGUACUGGUCAUGAGAGACCACAGUGAUUGAGGAAGAACAUAUUUGUUUCAGUGAUUACAGUUGUGAUAUGCAAUAUAUUUUACAUCCAAUAUUUCUAUUAUUGUUUUGUACUGUCAGUCCCAAACUAAUUCUAUCAUGGUGUUAUGGGCAAUUGUCUGAGAUUUUGUAUGAUGCGUUUAUCUCUGUAUUUCUAUCAAGCCAGAUAAUUAAAUGUGAAAAUUUGCAGUCAUAAUGAAAUGCAGAGCUGUUUUAUAAUUGCCAAGGGUAAAAUUAGCAGAGUCAAUUAUUUUCCCCUUAGGCUUUUCCCUGUAGAUAUUAAAGGGCUGCAUGAUAAUUGCCUUAGGUAACACUUUGAUUUUUAAAUAACAUUAAAUAUAGGAAUUGCUGCUAAUCUUGUCACAAUUUACCUCUUUGCAUUGCUGCUGUAGAAUAUAACUACUAUCAAAGGGCUGAACCUACAUUGAAAUGUCGGUUAUGAAACUGCAGAUUGCAUAAACUCCUUGCAAGGAAGGCACAUGGAAACAUCAGUGUCUGUCUUGGUGAUGAGGUCAAUGUCAUAGCUUUCUUAGUUCUUUGUUGGUGUGAACAUGCCACUUUGCAUAGCAGCGUGUGAGCAGUAUUAUUUAGCAAAUGGAUAUUUCAGGAAAAGUCAUGUUUAUUAAAAAAACUAAACAACUACUCUUUUUCUGCUGGAAUCCUAUUCUGUUAUCUGUUUGUGUGUGCAGUAUGUGUCAGUUGAAACGUCAUUGUAUAAUUCCAGAGUGAAAAACGUGGCUGUCAUAUCCUUGGUUUUAUGGCAAACUCUGUGGCUGAUUCAGCUUGCAAAUAAAGUAUAGGAGCUGCACUAAAUCCUUAACAAGUGACCAGAUUCCCAGAUCAGCUGGCACUUCAGUAUCAUUGAGCUAAGCAGCAGAAUGCAAUCAUGUCAGACCAUAUUUUUAAGUUUUUCAGCUUUUCAUUCAUCUGUGGAUCAGUGACAGCUGACCUGUGAGUGUAGUCGACCUCCUUGUAUGCUUUACUGUGAUUGUGAAAAGCCUUUGAGUGAAGUAUCUGCAAAAUGGCAAAGGUACAUUUCAUUUGUGAAGAACUGUGGUGCUAUUUUUCAAAUGUACAUGAACAAAAAGAGGCAAGUCUGCUUGGAAGCCACACACAUUGAACCUGGAGGCAUGUAGGUGGCCUUGGCUCAAACAGACUAUUGUACUGCAGAUGUGAAGAGUGCUGUUGUGCUCAGAUUCUUUUGGGGAACUUCGAGUGGGCAUCUGGUUGGCGACUGAGACUACAGAGUGCUAUACUAGAUGGACCUUUGGCCUGACCCAUAAGACUUUUUUAUGUUCUUAUUUUGAAUGUUAAAUCCUAAUGACAAGGAAAUGGAAUUUGAAUGCCAACACUUGUCAUUUCUUCUUUUGCCCCAUUGUCUCAUGCCAGAAAAGUAUGCGAUGUGAACCGGGAGCUCUGUGUGCAGAUUUAUGUAUGUCUUAGCCUAUUUUCAAUGUUAUCUGAAAUAAGUGAUUUAUUACACGAACUGCACAGAAACCUGCCAUAUGCGUCAGAAUGCAUCAUAAAUGGUGCAUAUAGUUGUUUCAGCCAUGUGUUCUUCUGAGGUGCCUUAUUAAGUCCUUGGUUUAUAAAUACUGUGAAAAAUAGAUUGUAUCAUCAUAAAUCUUUAAUUUAAGGGGAUGAACUGUAAACAUGAAUGAUCUUCAUGAUAUUUGCUAAUGCUUCAAGGACAACUUCCAAUUAGUCUGUGCUAGAUAUUAAUUUCUUAUAUGCAUUUAUUGCCUAGAUGAUGUGAAUAAAGCUUAUGAAAGGGAGUAUAUUAGAGCUACCAUGGCAAGACCUGGAAUUUGGGGCCAGUAGAACUAAAUAGCAAAUUUCAUUUUGCUACUCUUUAAAAGCUAUGGGUCAUCUUCAAUUUAAUUGUUGUGCUAGCAGAAGCCAGCACAACUACUCCUACUAGUGCAAUGGGACUUCCCCCCUGUCUUCUGCCCAUGCGCACCGCAUCAUCCCCAGAUCUGCUCUAAAGGGUCAAGAGAACCCACAGAACAGCCCGCGAGGGAGGAGAGGAGAAUUUAUGCUUGCCCAACAACACAGUCUCUUUAGCAUUACUUUGAAUACAAUAUGUUAUGCAACAGUAUGGUUAUGUCAUAUCUGAGCAGUAGUAAAGUAAUUGUUGUGCUAUUACACACUAGCCUUUGACACAGGAGCCUUUUCAGAUAAUUACUAAGGACUUAACAGAGAAUUAAAGAGGUUCAUGUCGGGGGUUGGGGGGGGGGAGAAGAACACAGUGUGAAUAGGAAAUUCCUUCAGCUUUUCACCUCUGUGGAUUGUAGCGGCAGCUAUAUAAAUUUAAGUUGGUCUGAAUUUUUGAAUAUUACAUGAUCCAUGUCAACCUUUGAUAUCAAAGCACUGGGUUGUCAGUGCAAGUGGAGACUCCAGCAAAGGGAGAGUUUGGUAUGUUGUAUGAAACACUUGUGUUUGGCACAUGUGGCUGUCAGCUGAAGCUAUACACAAGGCAAUAUUGUUUCAUUGAACAUUAGCUGUUUAUAAAUAACCAGUGGCACAGAUGUACCACUUAUAUUGUGGCUGAAUUUCCGUAUGCUAGCUUAUGUAUUCCUUAAGGCAUAAAUAUGCUGCUUUCUAAAUAAGCUAUUUGUUUACAUAAACAUCACAGAUUUAUGCAAGCAGAUCUUCCUUCUGCGCAGAAUCUAAGUAAUUCUGAGCUAAGUUUUGAUUUAAUUUCCCUUCCCGUUAUAGGAAGGGUUUACCUGUAUUAUGGCAAAUAAUGUACAAUAUGGGCUGACAUUGGAACACAAAGGUUGUAGUAGGGGUUGCUUAUGAGUAUGUAUGAUUAGGACUGGGAUCCAAACUACUCUUCAUAGUUCUGUUACAAACUAGCUCAUAGUAGUUUGUUGUUGGCUAUUGUACAUGGUGCAUUGUAGAGGAGGGCUGAGGAACUGCCAACCUCAAGGCCAAUUCUAGCCCCCUUCAUGUUCACAUCUGACCUAUGGUGCACCCUUGCUGCAUCCCCCUCACUGUGCUGCAAGUCCCCAACCCUUUACAUUUCUGCGUUAGGCAGGAAGAAAGAGUAGCCUCUUUCCCUCUGCCUAGCCAAGAAGGGGAGAGAGAAAAUGGGAGAGAUAGAGAGAGAGAAUGGGAAGAACAAAAGAGAAUGAAAGGAGGGGGAUGAGAGAAAGGCCCAGUUUCAUCCACUGCUGUUGUGCAGCCCCUGCGGGAUCACCCCAAGGAACUGAGACCCUAGUUAUAAAAAGAUUCUUCAUCCCUGCUGUAGACUAACUGGCAAAGCUGAAAGCUGAUCUCUGUCUGAAUAAGCUUCCAAUGAAAAUGUUGGCAGUAGAUGGGCUAGCCGUUGGGGCAGUCCGGGCUUCCCUAAAAAAAGAGAGGAAAGGCAUCUGCACUCCAUAAAGGGUGUUCUUUCUGUAACAAAACAAAAUGAGGAUAAAUCUAGUAGAAGAGGAUACAGGUGUGUCCUUUGUGGCCAUAGUGAGUUUAAGGGUGAGUUAGUUUUAACUGGAGUUGAACGUGUUAAAUAUAAGGGAUUGUUGCUACAUCCUUGACAUUUUGCCACAUCAUAGCCCUGCCACUGACUUGAAGAAUUGGCUGGGGUGUCAGUGAUUGUAAACAAAUCAAAUUCAAAACAUCUGUGUUAAUUGAUUUCUCUCUCAUGUGCACAUAUUCUUUCUCAUCCCAGGAAGUAGCUUUAUUCUGUGGGAAAGGCCCCUGGAGGUUUUUAACGUAAGACUUUAUCCCACCCCCACCCUCGUGACCCAGUUAUUCACCUAACUGUAGAAAAGAGAGGGAGCUGUGGGAAUAAAUCUGGCAUUAUGUUUCCUUCUCCUGGCUGUUUCUGCCCCCAAGUGACGGGGCUGUUUGGAUUAACUGUCAUUUUGGCAGCAGCUGACAUGCCAGAUCCCUGUGCCAUAGAAGGAAGGAAAUGACUUGAUGGGCCUGGACAUUUGGGUGUCUCACUACAACAUGGUUUGCCUGUGCAUUGUUGAUCAAUAAGGAUAAGCAAGUAGUUACAAAAAUCUUUUUGGAAAAGAAAUACCCAAGGGAUGGCAAAGAGAGAAAAAGGUAGGAAAAUUUGAAGCACUAUGAUAUAAAGCUCCAAAUAGCAGCCAUGCACAGAACAGCAGGAUUGAGGUGAGGAAGGAAUGUUGUGAGACAAUACAGAGGGGCAGCCAAGUUGUACAUCUUGAAGUAAAGGGCCACAUGAACAAUGUGACCAAGAAAGAUGUCGUACUGUCAGGAGCUGAAUGCUGACAGGUAUCAGUAAAGGUGAAAGACCCCUGGACAGUUAAGUCCAGUCAAAGGCUCAUCUUCACUUUCAGGCCAGGGGAGCCAGCGUUUGUCCACAGACAGCCUUCUGGGUCAUGUGGCCAGCAGGACUAAACUGCUUCUGGUGCAACAAAACACUGUGACGAGUGCCAGUGUGCACAGAAAUGCCGUUUACUUUCCCGCUGCAGUGAUACCUAUUUACUUGUACUGGUGUGCUUUCAAACUGCUAGGUCGGCAGAAACUGGAACAGAGCAACGGGAGCUCACCCCGUUGUGUGGACUUGAACUGCUGACCUUUUGAUCAGCAAAGCCAAAGAGGCUCAGUGGUUUAGACCACAGCACCACCCACUCCCUUCUGCAGGCAGAUUUAGAGCUGGUCCCUGUCUAAGCACAGUCUUUAUUCUUGGAUAUCUCUGCCUCCUACUGGCUGUGUUGUGAACACUGAUGAGGGAGCGUUGCAUAUGCCAACCAGAGAAAUAAGGUUCCAAGUCUAAUACCAGUGCUAAGUGUGGUUCCUCCCCCCUCCCCCCACAUUGCCUUCUACAACCCAUUGAAGAGCUGUUUGGUCACCUUAAUUCCAACAAGUUCCUCAACCAACUUCAUGAGAUGUAGCUAUGUCACACACAGAGGAGCAUAGAAAGCUGCCUUAUACUAACUCAGAAAAUUGGUUCAUCUGGAUUAGUAUUAUCUAUUCUGACUGGUGGUGGCUCUUCAGUGUUUCAGAAAGAGUUCUCUUCCUGCCUUACCUAGAGACGCUGGGGAUUGAACCUGAAACCUGCAUGCCGGGGGGGGGGGCGGAGUAGCCAGUAACAAAGGGGCUUUUGCUUCUACUGCAGUACUGCUUCAUGCAGUGAUAGUCUCACUAUAGUGCUAAAUGAGCUUUUUUCAGUGCAUGUUAGCAAUCCUAUAUUAGUGCCUUCUUCUAGGGGCAAACUAUAACUGCAUACUUCUCUUGCAAGCCACCAUGUGUGAAGGCUCAGUUGGGCCAACAAUAUGGAAGCAUGUUCUCUUGGAUGUAAAUGGCCUACAAAGGUGUAGAGGAGAGGGGGUGGGGGUGGGUGGGGGUGUACACAGACAGACACACACACACACACACACACACACACACACAUUCCAGAAAGCCCAUCAGCUCCAUUGAUGGUCAGAGCAGUUUGCUUGCUUGCUUGUUUAAGGUUAAAAACAAUUAAAGCUUGGACUGUAAAAGCUGUCAGAGAAAUUUCAUUAUCUGCUGCAUAACAAGACAUUACCAUAUAUUUGUGACCAUUUUGAUAACUAGCUGUCCUUAUUUAGUCUUAGUGCCCUUAUAUUUGCUAAGAGAACGGAUUGCCGUUAUCUGUUAGCGGUGUGCUGAAUUUUAAUUCAAGCUAAUAUAUUUCAUCUGGGAAUUAAGGCAAGUCAUGUGUAACAUUGAAAUGUGACUUCUUCCAUGUUGAAAGUACGGUGCUGUCAAAUAAAUAUUAGAUUUUAAUUGGCCCCAUAUAAGGGAUUUGGAGUUGUACUGUAGUUCGCUGUUAUAAUAGUGGCAUGGUUUGUUUUUCAGUUAUGCAUCACAUUGUGAAUCUUCUGCUUUUGAGAUUGAAAAAUAAUUGUAUUAUCUAUUUUUAUUAAAUUCAUAUUCUGCCCUUCCCCCCAAAGGAUUAUUAUUUGAAUCCACACAUUGGGCUGAGCUUCCAUUGCUUUUUCCCAGUUUCUGCCAACCUAGCAAUUUGAAAGCACACCAGUGCAAGUAGAUAAAUAGGUACCGCUCUGGCUGGAAGGUAAAUGGUGUUUCCGUGCGCUCUGGCUUCUGUCAUGGUCCUCUGUGCACCAGUAGCAGUUUGGUUAUGCUGGCGAGAUGACCAGGAAAGCUGUCUGUGGACAAAUGCCGGCUCCCUCAGCCUGAAAAGUGAGAUAAGUGCCACACCCCAUAGUCGCCUUUGACUGGACUUAACGGUCCAGGGGUCCUUUAUCUUUACCUAUAGUUCUUAAUACAAAAAAGGUUCGCAAUAACAGCAUACCAGCUUUGACUUGAAGUUUAUUUUUGUUUGACCUAGGUGAAUUUCAAGUAAUCUUAAGUUUCUGUCCAUAAAUGUAGUAGUGGCUAAAUUUACCAGUUGCUGGAAACCACAAAAGGAGGAGUGUUGCUGUGCUUAGGUCCUGCUUGUAGGUUUCCCAUGGAUAUCUGGCUGGCCACUGUGAGAACAGGAUGUGGGACUAGAUGAGCCAUUGGCGUGAUCCAACAGAGCUAUUCUAAUAUUCCCGUAUUUAAAUGGGAAGAUAAGCAGUUCUCUCUGAUAAAUGGAAUAGAGUGGUGAAGUUGUAAUUAGCACAGUAUGCUGGCACCCCCCAGUGUCAAUAAUAGCUGGGUUUUAUCAGCAGUUUCAUUAUACAUAUACACUUCUGCUUGUAUAAGACCACCCUCUGUCCUGAAAAAAGAAUUGGGGAGCAAACUGAACAAUGAAAGUACACUCUUGCAAAGUCUUAGAUGCUUGAUGCUUGAAUAGUUCUGUUUGCUGAACAUACUUUCUUACCUCCUCCUCCUUGCUGCAGCCCCUCUGCCCCUUGAAAAGCUGCUUCUAAGUGAUGAGGGAUCCUCUGGAAUAGUAUUAGAUACUGUGUGAAGGGGUGAGAAGGGGGAAAUAAUUGACAGAAAUCAGAAAUGACUCUGCCCUGUUGAAUGAGCAAGUGACUUUUGCCAGUGCUAGGGCUUUGUUGGAUUCAAGCCGGUAUUCUUCUGUGAUGCUCAUUGCUGAGAAGGAUUUCAGAUGCAGUUCUGUAUAGUAGUUAUAGUUUCCCUUGAAACUGAUAGAACCAAAGGUUAAGCUUCCAGACCCACUUAAUUUUGGUUCUUCCUAGUUGUACAUUAUUGUAGAUUCUAUAUUCAUAACAAUAGACACUCCCUAAUGGGUGAUUUUCCAUUGGUAUCUUUAAAAUAUGGACAGUAUGAAUUGCAAUCAAAAUGUUUGUCAUUGUUUCACAAUAUACCAGACUCAUGAGAUCACUGGUACCUUCAUUGUCAACAUAACACUAUCAUAAUUUUAUCGACAGUUUCAAUAUAGAAACUUGAAUGGAACUUUCCUCCUAUAAAAAUGGGAAUAUGUUGUGAGAGAAGCAAAGUGAGUAAUAACUGUUGGGAAUCCACCUUGCCAGAUGCUCUCAGAAAGAGGACUGUGUAACACUCUGCCUGAAGACAACAACAACAACCACAACCCAUCUACACAUAGACUGGUAACUUGCCUAGAAUUAAACUUUGGAUUUGGAUCUCUUGUUCAGGGCUGAAUUUAGGAACAGGAGACCCAGGUGACUGCCUGGGGCGUCUGUCAUGGGCUGUCUACUCAGCUAUACACUCAGCAGCUGAAAUGAAUAGUGCAAUCGGUUCAUCUGCACUUGUAAAGCUGGCAACACUGACCUGUGUAGAUAGCAUUGUGAACCUAAAAAAAAAUGUGCAGAAUUUUACAGUUUCAGUAUCCAUUCAAUAAAUGGAUUGUAAUUGUGAUCAGAUGUAUGUGCAAAUUUAUUGUCAUACAAAUCAUGCCUCAGAAGUUGUGAAAUGAGCUCCAAAUAUAAUAAGAGAGUAUACCAAAGAUGAACCAAUUGUGGAGCAGUGGGAGAGAGAUACUCCUUGCCUAAGGCAUCAUUUGAUCUAGGAAUAGUCUUGUUUCUGAAACCUGUGUGGAAGUAGCUCAUAUACAGAUUUAAAUUAGUGGGUUGUCUAGCACAGUCCUGUUUUCCCAUUACUACUGGCAGGUCUCAGGCAGACCUUAAAUCUUUCACCUUGGGAUGUGUUAUAAUGAUGCACUGUAAUAUUGUUUUCAGCACUAAAUAAUAAGCCAGCAAAAACAGGCAAUCUUCAAGCCCAAUACAAAUAGGCUAUCAAAGCCAUUUAUAUACAGUACAUAUCCUACCUUUUUCACAGAACUCAAGGUAGCUCACAAAAAUUUUAAAAAUACAGGUAAAUACACAUAACUAAGGACAUAGAACAGAGUAUGGUUAAAAAAUAAAACAAUGUAAAAAUAGAUCUAUUAAAAUUCAGAUAAAAACACCAACAGUACAGCAUACUAUCAUGAGCACAUUCCUUAAAAGCAGUCCGUUCCCCAAAACAUGCCAGAUUAAAACAGGUUUCACCUGCUGGCAUAAGGACAACAAAGAAGGAGCAAGUCUAGCCUCUCUAGGAAAGGAGUGGUGUUGUUGUUACUUACUAAAUUUGUACACUGACCUUCAUCCAAAGAUCCCAGAGUAGUUCACAACAGAAAAAUACAAAAUGAAAAUCCAAAGUACAUACAAAAACAAACCAAUAACCCCCCACUCCCACAAACAUUUAAAAGGGCAUAGAACGUUAUCAGCCAAACACCUGGUGGGAGAGAACCAUUUUCACCUGGCACCUAAAGAUGUAAUGUAAGUGCCAGGCAAACCUCCCUGGAGAGAGCAUUCCACAAACAAGGAGCCACUGCAGAAACGACCUGUUGUCUGGUUGCCACCCUCCAGACCUCUUGUGAAGGAGACACAGAAAGAAGGGCCUCAGAUGAUGAUCACGAGGUCUGGGUUGAUUCAUAUGAGGAGAGGUGGUACUGCUACCUUCACUGCCACUAGGUAGGCUCGAUGAUGAGCCCUCACCAGUGUUCGGUUGCAUUCAACCAGAGUUUUCCUCCACUAGCAUUCAAGCCAUCUUCCAGCUUGUUUCCUUGCCCUAAGCUCGAAGGUCUGGGAUCUGCCACCGGGAAGACUACCUCCUGCAUUCCCACCAAAUGUGCCUGUGGGAAUGAAAGAAGGGUGUCUCCUGAAGAGCUCAGAACCUGGGUAGGUUCUGUCAAUAGUAUCUCUUAGAGAAAGACAAAGGUUCAUAUGGAAUAAUAUGGUCCAUCAGAUAGCAUGGACCUCAGCCUUGUAGGGCUUUAUAGACCAUAACCACCACUUUGAAUAGCCAGUGGAGCUUUUUAAACAAGGGUGUCGUGUGCUCCCUAUAACCAGCCCCGGUCAACAGUCUGCUUGCAGCUUUUUGGGCCAGUUAAUGUUUCUGAGUAGUUUUCAAAGGCAGCUCCAUUUAGAGCGUGUUACAGUGAUCCAAAUGGGAUGUAAUAUGUCACUGUAGCCAGAUCAGACAUCUCCAGGAAUGGCCACUGCAGAAAUCUGGGCUCAGGACUGAAUCCAGGAGCACUCCCAUUAUCCUUUGUCUAAAGUAGACUCCAGUGGAUGAGAAUGAUGGUGAUAAAAAGUGGCUCAUCACUAAAAUGAAAAUGAAUGUCCUAUGCCAAACUUGUGCUAAAAUGAGAUGUAUGAAUUAUAGGCAAAUGAAUGACAUCUCCAUUUUUUCUAAAGGGUUUACUUUUGUUAAUCUAGUGUUAGCACUAUGGAUUAAGGAUGUGUGUGAAGGAAACAGACAGACAGACAUUUAUAUAUAUAUAUUCGCUUCAAUUGAUUACUGAGGUUCUUGCUUGAAUAAAUUUCCCACCCGUUCAGCACAUAAAGGGAAGAUAAAUAUUCCCUAGAGAGCAUUCUGCGUCGUCUUAAUAGUUUUUAAUGGUGCUUUGGUAUUCAGGAAAAAAGUAAUAAAUUUGUAUGUGAUUGUUUUUACUACUGCAGCAAAUGCUUAAGUGCCAAACUAAGAACCUUCCUGAGAAGCAACUAAUAGGAAAUAUUAAGAUGUCUUUGAUCACCUGUUAUCUGAAGGGACAGAAAGAUCUGUAAUGCAUUUUCCUGCUUCAUGGUGUAAGAAGUCUUAAAAUAUUUUCUUGACUCAGGUUUUAAGGAAGGGGGACUAUAAUUAAGUAGAUUCUUCUUGUACUGCUGUUCUGUACAGACUGAAACUGACAGAAUAAAACUUGCAAAAUCUUGUCGUCAUUGAACUCCACAUUCUGAGGUGCCUUUUAUGUUAGUCUGGGAUCCAAGCACUGUUAACUAAUGUUGACUUAAUGUUCCAUUUUGUUAAUGGAAAAAAGUGGUAGAGGAUGUCAGACCACGGCUUCAUCUAGCUCAGUGUUCUCUGCUUGGAAUGGUGGCAGUUCUCCAGAAGGCUGCCCCAGCCUUCCCUUGGAGAUUCCAGGGAUUGAUCCUGAAACCUUUUGCAUGCAGAAUACUGAGCUGCGACCCUUUCCUAAACACUUCUGUUUAAUGUAUUGGGUGCUAAAUGGCACUUCUGCCUUAAACAUUACUUAUUGAUGUGGGACCAAGCCUGCUAAACUUGUGACUCCACAAGCUGAAUGCAGCUCUGUUGGUGAGACCUCCCAGGUGCCUGACAACCUCUCUUUUUGCAGCAAAUAAAAUAAAAAGAUUUAAUAUAAAAAAAACUUGGAUUAUCUGUUGAAUUCCUAACCUCUCCUUGUGAGUUCUUGUAAAACUGAUCAAUAUUAAGCAAGCCUCAGUAUGUAGGUUCAGUCCCCAGCAUCUCUAGGUUGGACUAGGAAAGACCCCCGCCUGAAACCCUGGAAAACAGCUACCAGUCCAUGUAGACAAUACUGAGCUAAAGGUAAAGGGACCCCUGGUCCAGUUGUGGCCGACUCUGGGGUUGCGGCGCUCAUCUCGCUUUAUUGGCCGGGGGAGCCGGCGUACACUUCCAGGUCAUGUGGCCAGCAUGACUAAGCCACUUCUGGAAAACCAGAACGCCGUUUACCUUCCCGCUGGAGCGGUACCUAUUUACUUGCACUUUGACGUGCUUUCGAACUGCUAGGUUGGCAGGAGCAGGGACCGAGCAACGGGAGCUCACCCUGUCGCGGGGAUUCGAACCGCUGACCUUCUGAUCGGCAAGUCCUAGGCUCUGUAGUUUAACCCGCAGCGCCACCCACGUCCCUUAAUACUGAGCUAGAUGAACCCAAUUGUCUGCCUCAGUAUAAGCAGCUUCCUAUGUACCAAGUGAGCCUAUUUAAACAGAAUCACAGAACUAUAGAGUUCAAAGGGACCCUGAGGGUCAUCUAGUCCAAUCCCCUACAAUGCAGGAAUCCCAAUUUUUCAUACAUGACCAUCCAACGUUUGCUUAAAAACCUCCAGGGAAGGAGUGCCCACCACCUCUCGUGGGAGUCUAUUCCACUGUUGACACUACACACUUUUUAUCUGCUGGUGGAAAAUAUUAGUCCAGGUUCAUUUCAUUGACCUAGAAGAAAACUUACACAUUAUGAUAGGAAGUCAUAAUAGGGGGCAAAGCCCUUGAGUAGAUGAAACUUCCUGGAAGAUCAUUAAACAUAAGACAGUAUUUAUUGCAACAGUUUAAUACUAAUCUUAUAAUUCACAUGCUUACUAAAUCUCUGAUACAUUACUGCCUUGAGUUCUACUAUAUCAAUAUGGCAAUGAUACAUAUCAAGUUCUACAUUUCCAAGAAGAUGUAAGAACCGUGCCAGACAAGAUUAUAAUUGUAAAGGUCCACUUCAGGCUUUUACUUAACAAAUCAGCUAAAGUCUGGAGGUGAACAAAAUAAAUAAUAAAGGCUUUGUUUUGUUUGUGUCUGGAAACUUUUCAGUUGCAUUUUCAAAAUUCUAAUUGGAGCCCUGUUUUUCAGCACUGGGGUCAUGUAGUGCACAGUCUACAAAUUGCAAGUUUCUGCACUAGGGGAUAUUUGUGCUUUUCUAUUAAGUGCAUUUAUUCUUUAUUUACAAAAAUAUUUUAAAUCUGGUCUUAUAAAGGCAAUUCCCUUUGGACAGGCAGCCAUGGAAUAAAAAGUAGUGUGUGACAAAGCUUUAAGCCUGGGGUGGGGAACCUUUUGCAGCUCAAGGACCUCAUUCUCUUCUGUGCAACCUUCCAAGGGCCACAUGCCAGCGGUGCGUGGCAUGUGGGAAGAGCAGUGGAUGUAAAUGUUGUAUUUGUUUCGGUAGGCUUCUACACACACUCACACACCCCUCUUUGCCCUCCAUCCAGAGAAAUAGGCAUUACCAGUGUUCAAGGAUACAUUCUAGUCAGGCAAAAACACUCGUGGUGGGUGUGAAGCUGGGCCAGUACAGACUGUUACUUGGGAGAGACUCAGGUGGCUGCAGUUUCCCACCCUUGCUGAAGCAGUAGGUUAGGAGAGUAAAAGAAAACAUAUCCUUGAGAAACAAGGAAGCAAAGUUAUUGGCAACUUGAAUGAGACUCUAUAAAGCAGCUUCACACCGUUGUUGUCAUCGUCAAAUUACUGGUACAGUGGUGCCCCGCAAGACGAAUGCCUCGCAAGACGGAAAACCCGCUAGACGAAAGGGUUUUCCGUUUUUGAGUUGCUUCACAGGACGAAUUUCCUUAUGGGCUUGCUUCGCAAGACGAAAAUGUCUUGCGAGUCUUGAGAUUUUUUUCCGCUCCCCCCCCCCUUUUUCUAAGCCGCUAAGCCGCUAAUAGCCUUUUAGCAGCUAAGCUGCUAAGCCGCUAAGCCUUUAAUAGCCGCUAAACCGCUAAUAGCUCUAAUCCGCUAAGCCGCUAAUAGGGUUGCUUCGCAAGACGAAAAAACCGCUAGACGAAGACACUCGCGGAACGGAUUAAUUUCGUCUUGCAAGGCACCACUGUAUCUAAUAGCAUUUCCCCAAAACCCAGCAGGUUCUAUCUUAAUGGUGAAUUCUUUUAGGCAUGAUCACAGAGAACUUAAUUCUGCUUUUAAAACCUCUCUCUCUCUCUCUCUUUCAAACAAAUAGAUUGUUAGUUGGAAAUGUGAAGCGUGCUUUCAGCUAGCAAGUCUAUCUGGAACUUGGGAGUCCAGCACAAGCAGUUUUCUUGUUCAUCCCUUGUAACAUUUUUCCUUUAUUUCUCUUUAGUUAAAAAGAAAUUCCCCAGGACACUUUUGCCUCAAUCCACUGCUUUCUCGAGUUUCCCUUGUUAUUUCAAACUCUUCGUUCUGUGACAUAUGAACACAGAGUAUCUUUUUUUGCUCUCCAUAUAAUGCUAACUUUUUUCAGAUUAUUUAAGGAGUGAAAGUGCUCCAUCAUACCAGCAUGUUGUCUCCCUCCUGUCCUGUUCAGGCUCUUAAAAGCUAUUUAUUCUUCAAGUACUUGCAGCCUUUAAGAUGGCUGCUCACAGUUUGGUUGGCUGCAUUCAUUGCUUGAUGUAACUAUUUUGUCCAAACAGUUAGAUGUGUGUGUGUGAGGGGCUGGGCAGGGAGAAGAAAAUGGAAAUUAUUUGAGUCGCCCAGAUGAUCCCAACUGAGACAAUAGCAAAAAUGAAAAUUUACACAGCCUGAAUCUCAGUGAUGCUUAGAGAAAAAUAUACAAUAGCUAUUGAAAUAUUGCAGAGAUCUGGUUUUUUUCCCUUCUUUAGCUGUAAGAUGCCUAUUCUUGUAUUCCAAAGCUAUAUUCUGCUAAUGUUGCUCAGAGAAUUUCUCCCCACCCCCAUCUUUAUAGACAGUUGUUACUAGAUUGGCAAUGCAACAUAAAUAUGGUGUUAUAUUAGUCUAACUGUCCUGCUAUGAUGGCAAUAUUCAGUCUAUGUACUUGAUUGAUAAUUCUGGGCCCCCCAAAAAUUUGCAUAGUCCUCCAACAGUGGUUUUCAAAUUGUGCUCCAAGAAAACCUGGAUUUUUCUCAUAAUUUUUUUCUGGGGUGUGAUCCUCAAUGAAAAAAUAAAUGAUGGACAGGCUCCAUGAAAGAAAGCUUGCCUACCACUCCGAAUCAUUGUUUAAUAUAUGCAGCUACAGGGCAGUGUUGGGCGUGAUCUGAACUGAGCUUUUCAUGCAGAGCAACACUGAGGUCCAAUUCACCUGGGCAGCACUUUGCACAAAUGGUGCAGAUCCUAAAAACCUAAUGUGCAGAAAUUUACCAAAAUCGCAACUCGGAGAGCAAGUGUCUGAAGUUCAAAGAUUGAAAAUCCCUGCUGUAUACCUAAGAAAAAAUGCCUUAUAUUGAGCCAGACCAUUGGUAUUGUCUACACAGUGAAUUGCAGUAGGCUCUCCAGGAUUUCAGACAGGAGUCUUUCCCAGACCUACAUGAAGAUACCAGGGAUUGAAUCCAAGACCUUUAGCUUUAGCUCCUCCCUGAAGUGAUUUGCCAUGACUGGGAAUUAAACCCAGGCUACUAUGGUAAAAACACAAAGCCAAAACCACUGGACUACCUGGCACCUUAAUCAUGCUAUGAAUAAUAUUGAGAAGGUAGCAUUUUUCAUAUUUUAUAUAACCUUUAUCUAGUAGGUGUAAAGUGCUGAUUAAGUAACUUACUAUGCUCUUGAAUAUUUCAGAUUUCAGAAGCAUCUUUCUAAACCUGGAGCACUGGUGAUGGUUGGGGAAGUGGAGAGGGAAAGAAGGAUAUGACCUUGUGUAGUACAGUAACCAAAAGUAUGAGCUCUGGGUCCUCAGUUCAAAUAUCACUUCAGCCAUAGACUCAGCAGGGCACAGUGCAGGCAUAAUAUUAUGUUGGUAUUCCUUUGGGAUUGGUUCAGAAGGUACAGCUGGUGUUGUGGCCCGUGGUUGUUGAGUGGAACACCUGGAUGCACACAUGCUACACUUGAGCUGAACUGGGAGCUGAACUGGUUGUUGAUCAUUGACCAGACAAUGUUCAAGUUCUUCUGCCCCUGUAUAGACCUGUAAAAUCACUUCGAUCAUUUGGGGGAAAUCUGCUUGUGGUCCUGCACCCUAUAGUAUAUCAUAGUGCGAAGGCUAUGAAAACAGGCAUUUUCUGCAGUUGCCCCAUGCCAACUGUGAACCAGUGUUCUGAAUUGGAGUUAGGAGAGCAUCAGAUUUCUCUUUGAUGAAGGCUAGUGAUUAUAUAAUGUCAUGCUGAAACAGGAGUGAGAGACGGGUUGGAACGUGUGCAUGAAUGAAGGGUCUGUGAACAUAGGGACCUGUGGUCCACUCCUGAUCCCUAAGCCAGGGUUAAGUGUUAUGAUUGCAGUAGGACAUUAGUGACCAUUAAACAAGGCUGCUGAGAAGAUAAACUUUAGAGGGUGAUUGUUAAGGGGCAAAACACAAUUGUAUUUAUGUGAAACCUUUUAUAGACUCGUACUCUAUGGAUGUAUAAACAGUAGCUUUAUUGCAAGAAAGAUUCAUUGCAGAUGAAAAGAAGUGCUCUUAGGGUGUAAGAAGUAAUUGCACAGUUUAGUAUAUUGUGUGCCUAUGAAUUUCAUAUAGUGUUGAUUUUGGUGUUUUAUAUAUGUUUACAGAAAAAAAUUCUGAUUCUUCAAGAAAUAAUUACCUUGAAAUUAGUGAAAACCUGCCACUUCCUUAUAUGUGUGUAUAAGAAGUAAAGGAUCUUUUGCUGAGUUGUGUCUUGUCUAGAGUUUCAGAGAAGGUUGGAUGUGUGUUUUGAGAGGGGGGAGGAAGUUCUGGCUAUUCACAGCUAGAUGCAUUGUUAAAGCUCAUACUAUCACUUUGACAUUUAGAGGUAGGACUCAGUGUCUUUGCAAAUUCUUCUUCUUCGUAUUACUGCCAUGUCUCUGGGCUCCAACCGUUUCACAAACCAUAAUAUUUUUUAGUGAGUGAUUGAUCUGUAUUAUGUGUCCCAGCCAUCAGAGAAAUCUUGAGAUGUUGCUUGUAUAAACCGUAAUACAAUCUGACACUGAGCAUUUGGUUACAGGCUUUCAUAGACCUAUUGGCGAUACACAAUCCUCCUGGAUUUGGGCAUAAGGCUUAUCUGAUACCUUCCCAAAAAAUGCCCCUCAUUUUCUCUGUUCCCCACUUAAAUAACUCAACACAUCUGGGUUAACACUGUAGGAUCAUUGUCCUUUCAGUUCCCCUGCAGCUCAUAUUGCUACAAUAUUUCUUUAAGUAUCUGAUUACUGAACAGGCAAGGCUAUUUUUUUCCCUCCCCAAACAAGGCUGUUUUAAAAUAGGCCUUACAAAUUAGUUCCUAGGCGUCUUCUUUUUUAAGAAAAGGAUUUAAUUGGUACUGUUUGCCUAAGUGUGUACAUAGGUUUGUGCAAGAGGCUAAGAGUGCAAUCUGUGCAUGCUUACUUGGAAGUAAAUCCCGUUCUGUUCCAUAAUGCUAACUUCCAGACAAAUGUACAUAGGAUUGCUGUCUAAAUAUAGUAAGGCUGGUGGAGGUUUGCAAAUAAAACAAUAAGAAGGAUCAGCAAGAAUGUUAAGGGGUUUAUUUGUGUUGCUUUUGGGGACUUUAUUGUUGACCAUGCUGUCUUCAGUUACAAGAAUGAUAAAAACUGAAACUAAAUCUUUUUAAUUCAAUAACAAAUGGGCUAAAUUUUAGGAAAGGGAGAUGGGGAAUCUGAUACAGCUCUAUAUACAUAGGAAAUUAAUCACCGAAGAGAGUAAACCUGUGAGCAGGCAGGAUAGCCUUAAGGUGUGCCUACUUGAUACGCCUGCAUUGAAUAUAUUACAGUAAAUUCUGGUAUAUUGUUCCAGUUAAGGGAGUUUCAGUAGUUCCAGUGAGACUAUGGCUGGUUUUUAAAUUUUGGAUUUGAUUCAGCUUUUUAAUGUGAACAACUGAGAACCCUAAAGAUAAUAGUUUUCUAAAUAUCAUAUGAACAGCUGCAUGUUGGUGAAAGUUUCAAUACAUGUGUUGCUGUUGACCCUCAGGGCAGACACUUAAUACAACUACAGUAUGUUUCCAAUGCAUGAAAAUGAAUAAUAAAGAACUGCUUAUGGACUCUUUGACUUUUUUGCAGUGGGUAUAAAUUUUUGAGUUUGUAACAAUUUCCAGAGGAUCUUGCAAUGUGUACAUAACUGGCAGCUUAUUUAAUUUAUACUUUAAAAUAUAUAUUAUUUUGCUUUUGUUUACAUUAACUUGAAAUGUAGUGGGAAGAGGAAAUGCUAAGCACAAGGCUCCAACUUAGAGAUUCUCUUUUAUUAAUGUUUCCUUUGCUCUUUCAGUUUGGUGCACUCUACCAUAUCUGUAAUUAAUCAACCCACUUAAAACAAUUAUUUCUUUUUUUCCCUUUCAGGUGGUAGAGAUCAUGUCAAGUGCCAUUGGUGAAUUAAUACAAGGGAUAUAUUAUGAAAAUUCAAACUUGGAAAACGUAAGUUCCUAUAAUUACAAAACUCAGAGUGUGUGCAUAAAUCACUCUUUCCCUCCCACUUUAAAAAAGGUGGUGUGUGAGUCUGACAGAACAAACUGAAUUAAAUUAGAAACUCCUCAUGAUAUUUCAGUUAUUGGGUUGUACCAUUUCAGGUAGUAGGUAGGUGAAUCAAAUGUCUGAAAUCUUUUCCAAAUGUAAUAGUAUGUUAUCUCCCGUUGAAUUUUCUCUGACAUGUUAUAUGUAAUUUGUGGGGGAGAAAUAUAGUCAAGGCUUGUAGAUAAGCUCACAGAAGUCACUAGCCUGCAAAAUGUAUGACUAGCCUGCUAAGAGCCUAGUAGCUUCUGUGUCUAUGCUGACUGCAAAUGAAGGCCCCCGCCUCCAAUUCUGCAGCCAGCAUGGAAAUGCAGACUGCUAGCAUGUUAACACACUACUAAAAAAGAACAACUAUCUAUCAAGCAGACUGGCAGAGGAGAGAGCGAGCAAUCCAUCCUUCCUCUGCCAGCUUGCUUCAUUUUUAUGCUGGUCACAGAGGAAGGGACUUUUCUUCCUCCACGGCUAGCAUGGAAACCAAGUAGACUGCCAUGGAAGGGAUGGAGAGAUCCGUCCCUCCUCCACCUGCCCACUUGCCUGCAUGGAAUUACUGGCCACCUCAUGGCUAUUGGAACACUUUUGAAAUGCAAGGCUAGCCCUGCCUAGAAACAGCUGCAUCAGGUGUGGCUUCAGGAUGUCCCUAUUUCUUUUUAGUCAUCAGUGUUUCUUUUUCAUAGUGGCCAUGCUCCCAAAUAGCCCUGGCUGCUUUUUCACCUGGUUUCGGAUUCUUCUGAAGGCCCAAUAAGACGAUAGUUUCAGUCACGCUCCAAUCCCCUUGCAAGAAAGACAAAGGAGGAGGACGAUGGGGUGGUGGAGUGCUUCUAAUGAUGGAGUUCAAGAAGCAAUGAGCAUGUGAUCCUUAAGGGAAGGCACAUCUGAACUGAAGUACAUCCCUAAAUAACAUUGUAGCAAGGAAACAAUUUACUCCCAUUUCAUUUACCUCCCUCCUUUGGGUAUAUUCUGCUCUUUAAGGUGCAUUCUGCAAUGGACGGACAGGUCCGUCUUUUAAUUUAAAAAUGGUUUUCUCUGGAAUUUGAGUAAAAUAAAAGGAUUAAGGCACUCCGGGGUGUGUUUUAUGGACCCAUUUACUCUAGCCCCUUUUCAUCACAAACAUCAAAGGCAUGUAUUAAUAGACCAAUAAAAUAUGUCCUGUCAUGUUCAACAAGCAGUAAGACAUCUGCUAAGUGAGACAUCAAUCACAUGCAAGAUGCUUGCAGGGUAACUGUGUUGUUGCUGCUGAAGACUCAUAAUUUUAUUGGCUUCUUUCCUACACAGAUGGGAAAAUAAAGAUUGUUGAAUCAUCUCACUUAUAGCUGAAACAGUGAGUGAUCCAAAUGGCAAUUUUUAAAGUCUGUGCAUUGUUCUGAUUUAGAUUUAACUGACGUUUAUAGUGCCAAGUGGUACAUCCGACACACUGCAGUUUAUCAGAAUUAAAAUGUAGGAAUAUAGCAGUCCAUGCUUUUCAUUUUUGAAGUCCUCGAAGAAUUGUACCUUUUUCUCUGUAGCCUUGAAGAGAAUAAUAUAAUUGCAUAUGAGUCCCAGUAGUUGCAUUUCACUGGGAUAAAUUAAGAUAGUUGGGUUGGGAUUAUGAAGGCACAUGAAACUGGGAUACGUAAAUAUUUAAAGUUAUCUCCAGCUGACAGUAACUAACUGUUGUGAAUUGUUGGCAAGUAUUGCAAGCCAUGAUUAAAGAUCAUGAGUAAGCUGUGGGUUUUAAUCAGGGAUAUCCAAGUGAUCUUAGCAGCAUACCUAGAUUCAUUUUAAGUAGGCUUAGCAGCCGUAACGCAUCACAAAACCAAGUAAAGGAGUUAAAUAGAAGUUGAGAAAUAGAGGCAGUAAGAGCCACUCCACCCUUCCCUGCUCCCAGGUCCUAAACAAGGGGAGGGAAACCUUAUCUGGCCAUUGGGCCAGAUGCUUAUCUCUCCACUUCCUGGCAAAUUUGACAAGUGGGUGAGGCCAUCCACCUGUCAAUCAACUGACAUCACAUACUGAAGUUCCAGUUGCUGGGUCUUCAAAGCAGGUGCAGAGAGGUGUGGAAACACUUUUGCUGCUUGCAAACAGUUUUCAACAGACCCCAUGCUCCUGUGGCUCAAAAGUGUGUGUGUGUGUGUGUGUGUGUGUGUAAGCCUUUUAUAAAAGGGGAAAGUCCUGUAUGUAGGCAGUGCUUUCAAAGGGCAGCUUUUUAGUUCCCUUCCCAGUGAAAUGCUUUCAGAUAUCCUAUACAUCCCUGUUUGAGGCUCAGAUGGGAUGAGGGUGUCUGAAACCUCUUUGCAAAAGGGAGUAGUUUGGUGUGUCAGCAGUGAGUUCACCAGCUGAUGAUGGUAUGGGGAAAAGUUGGGUGGAGUGAUGUUAACCCUCCUGGCCCACAGGCUGCAGGUUCCCCACAUCUCUUCUAAACCCUUGUUCCAAGAUUUAAUCCGAAUGAGACCAUGUUGGCUAUGACUUAAACAUAUAUUUAGAUUACAUUUUAGAAUGCUCUUUUAUGCUCUUUGCCAUCAUACUGCCACCUUUUAAAAAUCCUUCCUGGUAGCCAAAAAUGUACCCCGUGAGUUCCCCACCCCAGUUGGAAUAUCUUUCUUUCUGCCUUUCUCUUUCUUUCUUUCAUCUUUGAAAUAGGGUAUGUGGUUUGAUAACGUAACUCUGAAGUGUCGGAGUUGCCGCAAUAUACUUAACAUGGAUUCCGGGGAAAGUCAGCCAUGCUCUCCAUUUCUAAAUGCAUUUUGUAGAAAGAAUUUCCAAUGGAAUUUAUUUCUAAAUAAUGUGCUUAGGAUCCAUAUAGUACUCUGUAAGAGGUCUCUGCAGAUUAUGAGUAGGUUUUGCAUAGGCCAGCACUGGAAAGUAGCACCAUCCAUUAUAAAUUAUUCCACUCACGCCGCUUCCUCAUGUGCGGUCCCACAGCUGGGUGUGUACAUGCAUGAAUUAAGCAAUCAUUCAGACUGACUAAUCACAUUGGUCUUUUACAACCAGCUAUCACUUUGCGAAGAGGAAGGGUGCUGAUCACAUAGAUCAGCAUCUUCUCUCAAGUUGUUUGCCCCACCUGUCUAAAUCUCUCUUGCAACAAACACUGGUGUAAGAUUUCACUGAGAGAAAGUGGCUUCAAGCUCUUGUAUGUGUGUGCAUGCACAGGUCUCUGUUGACAGAACCUUUUCAUUGCCUCCCCAGGCUGGGGGGGGGGGGUGAGUGUUCCAUACCCAGCAAUGGCAUUUGGGAUGAAUGGCCUUUUACUCCAGUAGGCUAUUUUAAAAACUCAAGCAUACAGAGGUUGUUAUAACUGCGGUUCCCAAAUCUGUUGCUAGUUUUUAAUUUCACAAACCUCACCAAAAGAAAUAAGAUGAAACACAGAGCAACAUGAACAUUUUAGGUAUUUUAUGUAAAAACGAAUGAUUUGUGUUGUGUAUUAUCAUUGCUACUUAUCAUUUGAAAAAUCAAGUCAUAUAAACUUGUGGCACAAUCUUAAAGUUGCCUUUGUUAGCAAAGGAUGCUCAGGAUAGAGCGUCCCAACCGCUGUGCUAGUAUUGCCCUUGUGCUGGCAUUCCAGACUGAUGCACUGGUGCAGGUGUUUGACCAAAUGUGGCAUCAUGUGAAAAUAUACAUUCCACUAGAGAGAGGGGCUACUUAGGCAGGAGCCCCAUUGAAAUGAUUUGUUCUGAACGAAGCUGUGCUUGGUAGAUUUGCACCCAUUGUUCUUUGUAUUUUGGAAGCCACAGCCUUUCAAUAAAACUGCAGAUUGCUCAUAUUUAGUCUGCUGGCCUUGCUUAGGUUGCCCAAAUAAGUCAUAGCAUAGAUAUAAAUGUAGAAAUUGAAAAUAAAUGUGUACCUCGCUUGAGAACCAGUGAGCUCCCUUCAACCCAUCCCUGUCAGGUUCCUUUGUAGGUUUUUUAUAUAUAUAUAUACUAAUUUUAUGCUUCUUAUCUCUGCAUUAAUGAGGGCUGGGAUUUAGUGGAAUUUAAGUGGAAUAAUACUAAAUCACAUUUCUGAGCUGGCUAUCAUGUUAAUUGUCCAUCAUGCUUUUAGCUUUUUUUUCUUCUUCUUUUAAUUUGAGGAAGUUUGGUCCCAAAUGCAGUCACCAGUUCUUCAACAUUUCAUCUUUGGAGCUUAUUUUGAAUAGAAUGACAGUGGCCAAAUAACUGGACUUGUUUGGGUGCCUUUUCUUAUCUCUCCUUGUCAUUCUGGAAAUCCAGAAAAUUUGCAAAACAAAUGUUGUUUUAGUAAACACAACUGUCAGAUGAGACAUAGCUGAAGUUUUCAUCUUGAUUUUGUCAUCACAUAUAUAGCUAUAAACAUGUGGUUUCUCUUGCCUUCUUCUCUCUCCCCCCUUCCUCCCCCCCUCCUUCAUGCAAGUUAAUGGUGUAUUUGAAAGCAAUGAAUUUUGAUACAAUGUUCAGUAAGUUGGCUUUGCAGAAUUGUACUACUUUUCCCAUCAGUCUCAUAUUAUCUCCUCCCUUGCAACCCAGCACUCCUUGGCAAUAGCCACAAGGGAGGAAGAUUAGAGCUGAAUGGAGGGAUUUUAUUUCAUUUGUUACCAAUUUCAUGACAGAUAAUACCUUGCUAGAAAAUUAUGGUGUCAUGCAGAUUUAGUUCUUACUUGUUUCUAAGUAAUUUAAUUGAAGAAAUUGACAGGAACAGGAUUGUUUAGAUGACAUAGGUCUUUUUCUACAAUCCCUUUUUUUGUUUGGAUUUUUUAAAUCCACCUUCUGGUUCAACCUCAAGGCAAUGACAAAAUGCAUCCUAAGUUUUAGUAACCUUGUAGCCGUUUAUCCAUGUUACAGCCUUAAAUUUCUUAUCCUCUUCAAGGUGGCUAAGAGACAAGGAAGACAAGUCACAAAAGGACAAUGGUGCUAUCUUACGUAAAGUUCCUCCCUCCACAAAAAAAGGAGAAUUCUUUGGUUCACAAAAUGGAUGGGGGUGGCUGCCAUGGGGAGCAUGGCAUAAUGCAAAAUUAGAAAGAAAACCACUCCUGACAAAUUUAUGUUUAUGCUAUGCUGGGAAGACAGCUUUGAUUUGCUGGUCCUGAUUAUGGAGAUCUCUUUCUUCUACCCGCCACCCCCACAUGGGCAUGCACACACUAGUGCUGUUCCUGUCAGGAGCAUUCCUUAGUACCUGGAAAAUAGACAAGGUAGCAACACUACUCUCAUUACACAGCAGUUGCUUUGAAUGUAUCUGCACAUUUUGCCCCAUAACUUUCUAUCUAGCAGGCCUAAAAGGUAAAGAUAAAGGGACCCCUGACCAUUAGGUCCAGUUGUGACCGACUCUGGGGUUGUGGCGCUCAUCUCGCUUUAUUGGCUGAGGGAGCCAGCAUACAGCUUCUGGUUCAUGUGGCUAGCAUGACUAAGCCGCCUCUGGCGAACCAGAGCAGCGCACAGAAACACUGUUUACCUUCCCGCCAGAGUGGUACCUAUUUUUCUACUUGCACUUUGACAUGCUUUUGAACUGCUAGGUUGGCAGGAGCAGGGACCGAGCAACGGGAGCUCACCCCGUCACGGGAAUUCGAACCAGCAACCUUCUGAUCGGCAAGUCCUAGGCUCUGUGGUUUAACCCACAGCGCCACCUGCAUCCCAUUCUAGCAGGGCUAGAGACUUGCUUUUUUAAGUAGCUGGUGGGCCAAUGAAAUUAAGGCAGCCUAAUUUCUGUGUCUUGAAGAUCCAGCAAUUCCUUCUCCUCUGGAAAACAAAGGAUUGCAAGAGGAGAGUCACUGAUAAGAGAGUUGCUUAAUCCUUCCUCCACUCACUACUUCUCUAACUCCCUGCCUCCACGGCUGCUUUUUCGCAGUCAUAGUUCCAGAGUCACUUUUGCAAAUCUUUUGCUUUUAAUUUUUAUGUUGCUGUUGGGUAAAACGUUCAUUUCAUUACAUAAACUUAGAUUAGCAGGUUGGUAAUUAGUUGCUGGUGGUUAAAAUACAAUGACUUUAUAAUUCAAAUAUACAGAUAUAUAAAGAAAUCACAUUUGGUUUGUGGGUUAAAUGGAAUCAGUUGUGAAAGAAAAUAUAUUCAGUUAAUAAUGGGCACCAAUAGCAUGUGCAUAAAUAAUAUAAAAGCUAAAAGUUGUUCAAAUCUUUUGGUUUCUAUAAUUUCCAUCAACUUCUUAAGAUGGAAGAUGACUGCAGAAUGUACUGCUUCACCUGCCAUAUGAAGGUCUCAUGUAGAGUAGAUGGUUUCACUGUUGUGUUUAAUAAUACCUCGAUAUGGAGCAUAUUCUACUCACUCUUUCUUGCAUUUCUAGGGAAAUGGUCUCACAGAUGACAUUGGGAUAUCAACGUGGAAGGAGCAAGUUUUCCUAUCCCAUAGUGCCUUGCUGGCAAAAAGCUGCCAAGCUGCAAUGGAAUUGGCAAAACAUGAUGCAAGGAUCCAGAAUAUGGCAUUUAAGUAUGGAAAGCACAUGUCUAUGAGUCAUAAGGUAUGCCCUUCCUUUUACUGCAGUAGCUGAAAAGCUGAUAUAAUGAACAAGAACCAUACGUAUCUUUUCUUUCCGUCGUAGCUUUGUAGUCAGCAGGUGCAGGUUUUGGUUGCUGCUGCUGAUAUAUAUAUAUAUAUAUAUAUACACAUACACACACACACACACACACACACACACACAUAUACACACACACACACACACACACACACGUAAAUUGUAGGCAUAAAAGCUAUUCACUUAACCAGCCCCCAUCAGUGGACAUCCAUGUAUACAAUAGGGCUUCCCCCCCAAUUCUGUGCCUGCAUGGUAAGGAGAACAGCAUGCAGGGGAGAAGAGGGGGCUCAGAAUAAUUAAGAAAUUGCUGCAUAACACCCAAACUAAUUACAGCCUCAGUUAAAGGUAGCACUGAAGAGGAAAGUAUUCCACGCUUGCCUAAGCACCUGUACAGGUGGGGCAAGGAACAAGUCAACAGGAAGUUUCAUAGUUUUGGGGCCAUCACACAGAAGUCCCAAUUUCUUGUGUGUGCCAGCCAGCUGAACUGAUUUUAAUGGUGCACACUGAAAGAACCCUGAAGAGCUAAUUCUACUAUUGAAGAAGAAGAAGAAGAAGAGUUUGGACUUGAUAUCCCGCCUUUCACACCCCUUCAGGAGUCUCAAAGCGGCUCACAAUCUCCUUUCCCUUCCUCCCCCACAACAAAUGUUCUGUUGAUUUCACUGGGAUUUAAGCAUGCCCGAGUUUUGCACCAGUAGUGUGUCAUUUUUCCUUUCAUAACAUUGCAUUGUAAAAAGCUAGGUCACAAGCAUGACCAAGAAACAACUCAGGGUAGGGUUGUGCACAUAGGAGCAGGCCGCAUUCUUAAUGGUUGGGUUACCAGAGUCAGGGAGCAGUCUUAAACCCCUAACUCUGGUAUCUGCAGUUGUACUUCUUUCUCCCUUAUUAUCAAAUAAUGUUAGCUCCUAUUUGGAAAGUAAAGUGCUGAAUUUGGCACACACUUGUGGUAGUUUGGCACGCUCUGACAGAGUUCCCACAGUACAGGGCAUUUGUAUGCACAUGCACAGACACAGAAUCUUCCAAUAUGCUUAAAAAACUGUACUGUAGUUGGAGACUCUGGUAAUAUUAAUUGGAUUUGAACCAACGGGGCAGGAAUAGCCUGAUAAAUCCUUAAUAGUGUGUGUUGGUUGAAGGAUUUUUGUAUGGCCAAGCAUACAAAAUAUAUAUAAGACUCUGCACACACGUGGGAUGUCAGUCACUGAUGAAGUGGAUUAGCUGUGAAGAACUACUUUUAUUUUACAAACUAUUUUGAUCCUCCUUCUUACAGCUAAAUGUCGACAUUCAGCCAUUUUUGAAUGAAAGUUCUAAUGAUUCUGUGGCCUUCAGUUUAAAUUCUGCUCCUGUAGUCUUGCAUCAAGAUCUCAUUGGAAGAGAAGCCUGGAUUAAGCAGAUUGAAGAGGUAGGCAAAUAGCACUGUUCAUAUAUUUAGUCUUAUUUAGUCAUCAUUUGCUUAGCACAAGAGGAACGAGUCUCUAGCUCAUGUGAAUCUCUCUUUUCUUCUGCUUGAAGCCACAAGAAGUUCAAAAGCUUUAGCUUCUGUUUGUGUUUAACCACAAGUUGUUGCUUUGCCCAGACCAACAAACUUCUUAGUGUUAAACUAUGGUUUGUUUGGAAUGAGUCCCAAACCAUAGUUAGCAUUAAUCAUAGUUUGUUAGUUCAGACAAAAUGUCAAAUCACUGUUAAGCACAGUGGGAAGCAAAAGCUUUCAAACUUUUACACAGCCAUGCCUAGGAGAGGUGGGGAACACAUACGUUUUUCUUGUUCCUGUCACACUAAACUGUGUUUUUAGUAUAACAUCGGAUUUUGCCAUUCAGUGAUACAAGUGAAUGUGGCAUAAGUGUCUGUGUAUUCGUCCAACAUAUGGGUACCAAACCAACAUGCAUAAAAUGAAAAUAUUAUUCUGCUUCUGUGUAUUUACAACUUAAAUUCAAUAAAAAUAAAGUGUUGGUACCAAGAAAUGAAGAUUACAAUAAAAAUACUAUGACACUUAAGGGAACAAGAUUAUCAAAAUUCGUAGUAUUAGACACCACUGAGCCUGACACUGCUCUGCUUUGUAUUCUGUAGGGAUUUUAUUAAAACAUGCAAGCAUUAUCUGUCACUAAAACAAAUAAAAUAACAGUUUUAGUUUUUCAACAACUAAUUACUUCUAAGCACAGAGCAAAGAGAAGGCAGAGGGAAGGAACUGCUCAUGCAUAUAUGAUUACAACUCAAAACACAGCUGGAUGGACUAAUUUUAGGCCUACUAGCUUUGAUAUGCUCUCUGAUGUUGUGAUUGUUAUCCCUUCUCAAGCUGCUAUCUUGAUACAAAUCCAUAUCUAUUCUAAUGAAUACGUUCUUUGGUCAGUGUAUGCUUUAUUGAAUUCAGUGCAGCUUACUCCCAACUAAGCAGGGUUAUGACUGCAGACUUAGUUCCUUAUAAUUCUUCCACACAGUCAUCACAGAGAAGCCCUUUUCUCACAGGCACAGGAAACAGUUCAGUCAAUACAGGCAUCCCCAGCCUGGUGCCCUCCAGACGUCGUGGACUAUAAGUUCCCUCAGCCCCAGCAAGCAUAGCCAAUGGCCAAAAUGGUCUAAAAAAACUGAAGAGUACCUGGUUGAGAAAGGCUGAACUAGAAUAACAGUUGAUUGAACCAGUUCACUGGUGCGCUUGGCAUUCUCUCUGCAACUGCCUUCGAUAGCCCAUCUGUGUGUCUUAUUUUAGAUGAAAUAUGUUUGUUUUCCAUUGUUUAGUUUGAAAUCUGCAGUCUCAGAAUUAUAAUCUCAUAGACAAUGACACAAAUUUUGAAGCAUGCAGUCUCAGAAUUAUAAUACCUUAGACAAUAAAACAGAUUUUAACUUUUAUCCUUGUGUUGUUUCAGGCUCAAGUUAAAGGAAACUUAAUAGACUAUACAAAGGUAAGUAAAUGCUUAAAAACCAUGCCUUAUUUUUAGAAGUUCCAUCUCUCUCUCUCUCUCUCUCUCGAUAAAAUGGCUUUAGUCAAGUCUGUGCAUGUGUAUGCAGUGUUUAGUUGGCCCAGUAACAUCUUAUGCAUGAUGGAGUAGAUCUCAUCAUUUCCUUUAUUUUAUUUGUUAAUUAUUUUCAUCUUGCUUUUCAACCAAAAAAAAUGGUCUUGCAUAGUAGCCCACUGCAAUUAUGAUACAAUAAAUGCUGGUAUAUGCAUACAAAAUACGAUGCCAGUGUUGCCAAUAAGUGCUUGUAUUCUAAAAUAGUACCCCCAUCCCAGUAUUCCAUUAUUUCAAAAUGCCCAUUUCAGCUACUACAGUCAUUUGCUCACAAGUAGUUAAUCAGUCUGUUUAUACUUCAGUCCUGUAUUCUGGAGUAUGGAUAUCACACGCAGACAAAUUAUUGAUCCAGUAUGAUGAUUAUAGACGACUUGUUCCAGAGAGGGGGGAAAGUCAUUUCCCUCAGUACUCAGUGACUAAAGAAGCAUUAGAAGAGGACCAUUGGGGUUAGAUGCAUGUGAAUUUGGAUCAGUGCUAGAAAUCCCUCCUUUGAAGAAGAGAAUGUCCACUGCAGCAGCUCCUGUUGAUACUUUCUCCUGAUAAGACAUCAGAAGGGACAGCACAGCUGGAUAUAGUCAUAUUUAAGGAAACAGCUAAUAAUUCUUGUGUGCAUGCUUGUGUGACAUUUGCUAGAGUCCCAACUAGAGUCCAGAUCUCUCAGACUCUGCCAUAUAUCUCUCCUUCCGUCAUUUAAAAUUUUGCACUGUAGUUAGCACAUUCCUCACACCACAAUGUAGCCCUCCCACUCAAAAAAAGCCUCCUAACAACAACAAAAAUCACCACUGUAUGCCUGGGGUGUAUGUCGCAAAUGUCUAUUUUGUAUUGGCAAGGCAUUGUUUGAGGACUAGAAUAGCAGUCAAUCUCUCUGUUUUGACUUGCUUGGAAAAGGCAAAGCAAGAUUAUUCUUCACAGAGCACUGCAACCUAGUUUUGUGUGUCUUGACUGGUUUCAUGCUGCUAAUCUCAUACAUGAUGCUAUAAUUUAUUGUAAAGCUAAAAACGAGUUCCUUGCAUAAUUCAAAUCAGGGAAGCAUUUGUGCAGGUGACUACUGAAGGCAGAUAUUUGAUAAUAACAAACAUCAGUAGCCUUUUUGAUAUCUAAAAAGCCUAUUCCAAAACUAUUCUUUUGAGGAGUCAGAUCUUUAUAUUCCAUAAUACAGUUAUCUGCAUCUGAGCUGCCAGAUGAUAAACACUAUAACUUAUGCAGCCAAUGUAGCAGAUGGCUUAUCUAAGCACCCUCCUGAAAGGCCUUUUGGGUAUCACAGAAUUAUGUACAUCAGUAUAACCCUCUGUAUAUGAAACAAUGCUUUUUAAAAAAUAAAUGUAUUGCUAUGAGAGUUUUAUACGAAGAGAUUAAUAUAUUUUUCUGAUUGGCACCGUCAUAUAUUUUAAAGAAAAAACCCAAUCUUACUGAAACUUCCUUCUUUAGCAUUUAAAUUUUCUAGUUUCGCAUCUUGUGAGCAAUGUGAAGAUGGUGGGUAUAAUUUGCUCAGGAACUUUGCAUUAUAAUACAAAAGUUAGGUUGCUUGAAGACUCAUCAGGUUAGAAUAUCAGUGCAGUUCUAUGUGUUGCCAUGAAGAACGGCAUCAUAGUAUACCCAAAAAAGAUAGAUAAAAUAUAGCAGUUAAAAUUAAUGACUGUCCAGCUGCCAUUUAAAAAGAGGAAAGUUGAAUGUGUAGAGCCAUAAACACCAAUCUGAUCUAUAGCAACUAAUUAUGAAGCAUUCCAACAGUAAUGGGGGAAAGUAAACCUCUUAGCUACAAAAUGUAUUGGCUCUAUCUCAAGGUAACAUUUUGGUAGUCUAAAUAUCAGCACUUAGCAAAGUAGAUGGUUCCUCACAGGAGAAAACAAAUUUAGAAAAUCCAGUACAUAACAUGGCAAACACUUAAUGCAUUAGUUAGUUCCUUGACCACAAAUCAAUUUAAGUUUUCUUCUUCUCUUUUUUUAGCAAGUUAUGAGGUUAAAUAUAGGAUGCCUUGUAAGAAAAGGACAGCCAGUUUUAUGUAUAGAAAGUGAAAAGCAGGUUGUGAGUGAGACAGGGAAUUCCCAGUAGGAGCAGGGAGACUUACUGGGAUGCUUGGGCUGUGGGGUUUUAUGUAUGGAGUGUGAAGUGGUUGCAUGGGAAGCUGUGGAUGGCUGGAAUGCAGUGAGUGCAUUUGAUAGAUUGUUCCUGUGUGGGGUUUGCUUUGCUGAGUUUCAUAGGUGCCAAGGCUGGAAUAUAUUUGCCCUGGUGAUUCAGGUAUUCAGGUAUGGUAAUGGGGAAAUGCUUUGGAGCGCUAAAUGAAAUAGUGCUGAUGAGUGAAAGUUGUGGUGGGGCGGGGAGGAAUAGAUUUGCAAAGGGAAGGAGAACUAGCUGUUCGUCUUUGCUGUCCUUUUCAGAGUUUGGGUAAAUACUACAGGAGCCCCUGCUUGAAGUAUCCUCUGUGGUGGAACCUAAAGAGAAUCAGAAGGCCUUCCUCAGCAGUGCUCUGAAAUUCUCUUCAAAACCUCCUAAACACUUUGAUAGGAAUCAGUACCCCCACCUCACAAGUUUGAAAAAAAAUACAUUCAGAAAUGGAAAAUAUAUUCUAUGCAGCAAAUAAGGGAACCCCCAGAAUAGUUAUUGACCAUGCAGAGUUGCAGAAAGGCUACGUGAAAUGAGGAAUUGGGCUUCAGAGCAGGGGUGAGGGAUCUCUUUUUCUGUGAGGGUUGCAUUUCCUUGUGGGUCACCUGUGUGGGGCUGACAGUAGUGGGCAAUAUGAGCUUGUGGUGGGUGGGGCCAAUGCAAGCAGUACAUGGAACACCUCUUUGCUCUCUCUGGCAAACAAUUUUCUCACUUUCCUCUUUAGGCAAGCAUCUUGAGGAGUUUGAUUUUAGUCAUGACUUAGUGGACAGCUGUCAUUACACUUUUAUGCUGCUAUCUUAGUCUAGUUGAUUUUAGUUUUUUAUUGUAUUCCACUGCCUUAUGUCAGCAAUCUUGGGUUAUUUAAAAAUGAGGCAGGAUAUAAAUAAAUAGAUAAAAGUACAACGUAUCUCAGUUCAAGGACAUUUAGAGAGAGCCAUUACGGAACAGAAUAUCUCAAGUUUCUAAGGAACAUUGAGUUACAAGAUCUGUAGCUGGCCCUUAGCUUCCCUUCUGAAUAUGACCAUUUCUAAAGGAUUCAUCUGUGAUGAUUGCCUACCACCUCUUUAAAAGCAAUCUCUCUAACCUGUCCACCAUUUGAGAGAAUAAUUUAUGUCCUUUUACCUUCAGCAAAACAUCAGCAGCUUGCUGCACAAUUGGAGCACCUGCUAAUAUCAGAAAUGUGCAUAAAAACAAACACACAUUUGCAGUAUUAAGUUUCUGUUCUUACCUUGCUCCACUUACUUUGUUCCAUCCUGUAUAGUGUGGUUGGCUCUAAAAGAAAUGCUUAAUUAAUGUUGCACUGUACAUGCAUAUCAUAAAAACCUAUUUUCCCCUGAAGUAUACUGCUAAGUAAUGUGGGAAAUAAUUUUUUUAUGAAUGGGGACAUGAGCACUAAAGUACCAUGCCUUGCUAAGAAUUGAGUUCAUCCUCAAAUAUACAUAAUUAAUUCACUUAAGUUACAUGUUUAGAUAAGAACAACCAUUCAUUAUAUAUAAGUGUAAUUGCCUACAUAAAAUAGAUGGAUCUUGCAGCCAGCUUCUAGUUCUCAAGUUACUUUCAUGUCAUUUAGAGUAAUUUUUUUACUUGCAGGAAUUUUUUAUUUCCUGCCUUUUAAUUUUAUAUAUACCCUUCAACAGGAAUGUGUGUUCAAUGUUUCUAAGAGCUUCCAUAUGUAAUGAUCAUAUAAUUAUCAGUUAUGGUUUCAUAGACCCAGUUCACACAUAAUGCUAAGCCAAACCAUGACUAAGUAUGAACAAGCAAAUGUGUGGAUUCUCAGAGUGAAGACUACAGCUGCUCCCCUGGUCCUUCUGUUGCUGCGCUACCCAAGACUAAACCAUGGUUUGACUUAAAGUUAUGUCUGAACUAGGUCUUGUGUUAUUUGUCUUGCUGCAGGCAAAGCACAAACUACAGCCAGCGUUUCUUCUUUGCUUUAUUGCUCAUGCUUUGUCUGGGGGAGAAAAAGCACACGCCUGGCUUCAGACAUAACACUGAGCCAAACCAUGGCUUACUUUCCAAGCAGCUCAGCAGUAGCAGGACUAGGGGAGGAGCACAACAGCCAAAAUCUUUGCUUAGGAAACCCACACUUCUGCUUGUACAUUGUAAGUCAUUGUUUGGCUUAGCAUUAUGCGCAAAAUUGGGCAUUUCCCCUGGGGUUCAUUUAAAGUUGGAGGAGUUAAGUAGCGGGGAGCCCUGGCAGGAUAAUUGAGUCAUCUUGUUCUUCUAACCUGUCCCAGUAGUCACUUCAGGGUAACUGGUGUGUAAACAAACUUAGAAGCAUUGCCUGUUUUGCAAAAGCUUCAGUAGAUAAGGGACACAUGGCCUCACUAACAGAGCUGUGAGACAUUCUCCAUUUGCACAUAUUCUGCACAUUUAAUACCUAGUACACAGGGCAUAAAUAUGUUACUUCAGGCAUAGGCAAACUCUGGCCCUCCAGAUGUUUGGGACUACAGUUCCCAUCAUCCCUAGCUAACAGGACCAGUGGUCAGGGAUGAUGGGAAUUGUAGUCCCAAACAUCUGGAGGGCCGGAGUUUUCCUGUGCCUGUGUUACUUGAUACUCUGAUAACUCCUGAUGCACAGCAGUACACCCGUGUAUUGUAGACUACUGAGCUAGGACUGGGUGGGAGACGCGGGCUUGAAUACCUACUAAGCCAUGAAGUUCACUGAGCGACGUUGAACCAUUAUUGUCUUUCAGCCUGACUCAUUUAACUGCUGUGAGAAUAAAAUAGAGGAGUGGAACCAUGUAUGCCACUUUGAGCUCUUUGGAGAAAGACAUGAUAUAAAACAUAGUAAAUAAAUAUCCCCUCCAUUGUAUCUUGACAGGUUAGGGAAAGCAACCUAUCACAUCAGUGCAAGAUGAUGGUGCGCUUCUCCAUUAGUGAGGCGGAGGGUUCAUACAGUGCAUGAUUCAGAUGAAAUUAAGCAUUUUAUAUUCACUUAUUUCAACAGUAAAGUUAAGCACAUUCUUAACACUUUCCAGUUGAAUCAGUGGGAUUAAAAUGUCUCUAACUUUUGGCCUGGUCAUACUUGUAAACAAAUCCGGAAAUACAGUGGUACCUCGGAUUACAGACGCUUCAGGCUACAGAGUCCGCUAACCCAGAAAUAGUACCUCGGGUUAAGAACUUUGCUUCAGGAUGAGAACAGAAAUCGCACGGCGGCAGCGGGAGGCCCCAUUAGCUAAAGUGGUACCUCAGGUUAAGAACAGUUUCACGUUAAGAACGGACCUUCAGAACGAAUUAAGUUCUUAACCCGAGGUACCACAGUAGAUUGUUUUUUCCUUUUCUGUUAUGCAGUGCUAAAGUGAUGAAAUUAUGAUUGCUGAUAGCAAAUGUUUUCUAAUGCACACAGUGCCCACUGAUCUAAAUUAGACCAGCUAGAAGCCCAUCUGAUUCCCCUAUGAAAGAAGAUUGCACAAUAACAGGCUUUGGUGGGUCAUCCCCAUAGAUAGGCUGAACUCUUCAGCCAGUUUGCCUCUUGGUACUCCAAAGGAAACAGGUUGUGGAUUAAUAUUUUGAAAUUAUACUCCAGAUUAAAAUUACAAUGUGUAAACAGAACAAUAUACACUGUGCUGUAGUCUGCACAACAUGAAAGUAAAUGCACAUAUUAAUCUACUUGCUUGUGAUGAAAUUCAGUUAAAAAUGCAUAUUAAUGAAUUUAUUAUAAGUACAAGUUUAUUUGUUGGGCUUAUUCCCAUUAGGCAAGAAUUGUACACAUGACUAGUUGAGAGCCUUCUGCUGCAGUUACAUUAGUCUUUGAAAGGUGCAUCUUGAAUUAUCAAUAAAUGAAAGAACAAUUAAAUUGAUUAGGGUUGUUUCAUCGAAUAGUAGAUUCCAUUUUUUUGUCAGUCAUUUAAUGAGACUGUCCUUUGAAGCUCAGGUCAUGAAAAUACAGAAUCCAUAAUGUUUUCUUAGCAUUCUGCAUAUAGUUAUUUCUGUCAAAACUGAUGAUAUUGUGCAUGUGUUUUCUCACAGUUGCAAGAUGCAAUCAAGGCUGGCAAAGGUGUGACUUCAGCUAUUGACCUAUGUCGUUACCAUGGAAACAGAGCACUGGAGGCUCUGGAGUGCUUCCCUCCCUCGGAGGCCAGAUCUGCUUUAGAAAACAUUGUUUAUGCUGUGACAAGAUUUUCAUGAUCUACAAUUGGGAAAAGGAGCCACUUUUUGUUUGCGCUAAUGAGCAGAACAGAUAAUAGUGGAGAGCGUCAAGAUCUGCCAUUGCUCCGCAUCUAAAUGUGUCAGUGGCUUUAAAAAAUGUGUUUCUGUUCCACUCACCACAUUCCCAAACUAACAUAUACCCUUCGGAACUGCUACAAACAAAAUUAGGGAAAAAAGGUCAAACAGUUUUCACUUGUCAUGCCAGAAGCACACUUGAGGCUGCACUGGUAGCAAUAAUUAAUGAGACUCGCUUCUGUGACCUCAGCAAAUGGACAGGAAAUAAGUCCUUAUUGAUUGGACAUAGCCAGGGAUGGCGCCAGUGUGGUGGCCUGUGGUUUUCCUGCACUAGAGAAGACAGAGGGGGGCCCUGAAGCUGCAGGUGUCGGGAGAAAUGCUUUCUAAAUCUGCCAGAGAGAGGGCUGUUUAAAACCAGAAUUAAUGUACCAAUUUAUCAACAUGAAGGGCAGCUCGAUGAAUUAGCAGGGGAAAGGAGGGAAUCUUUUAUCUGACUACAUGCCGCUAUGUCUCCUCACACUGUUUCGUUAUGUAUUUACAUAUAAAAUUACCCUUUGCCUAAUGCAUUGUGUGUUUGAAAGAGUUGCUGAGAGCGCGCAUCAGGUAUGGUAAGAGCUUUGUAAUAUUUAUGUCGUUCUGCAGAAAAGAAUAAUUUUGAAUGUGCUGUUUGUAUAGUCUUCAAUUUGGUUCAGUGGGUGGGGUUUUAAACUUCCAGGGUAAUAUAUUUGCCUUCUGUAUAAGAUGCCACUUAUUUCAGCAAACACAGGUACUACAUUUUCCUUGAUUUACUGAACAUUUUGUUUUAAUUCACACCAAAUAAAUGCUUCUUCAUACAACUCUGUGUCAAUUCUAUGCCAUAAAGAAGUAAAGGAUCGUUCUUCUCUCUCCCCCUACCCCCUUCUGUACAGGAUUUCAUUCCCUGAAUAGAUGUAUAUUACAUGAGAAGUUUUUUAACCUUACUGUGUCAGAUGUUAAAGUCCAAUUACAGAGAGAAUACAAGGUAUAUCAGAAGCCUGCAAUCUGACACUGUCUCUAUUUUGUUCAUAGGAGAUGAUUUUUGUGGUUUGCAUGCUUGCAAUCUGAGAACAUCGUUGACAAGAAGGCUGAGUUUACAUAAAUGAUCCAGAUUGAGACUCAGCUACCUUUCUUCCUUCUGUGGUGUAAUUACAGCCCAAUCUGGAGACAGCUAGCACAGCAAACAGAUUUCAUUACAUUGCUCUCUCCCUCUCAAACACUAAGUGGAGUUAUUUCAGUUAACUUCUUCACACACACACACACACACACUAAAGUGAAGUGUCGCAAACCUUCUAUAUAAUGGGCCAGUAUGUGAUUCUCAGAGGACUUUAAAAAAGCUUAACAUGAUUUAUGUAUUUUGAUACCUUAAAUUUUAGCACUACAAAAACAUUGCUGGCUUACUGUAAUUCAGUUUUGUAAUUAGAUGAAAAUGUAGAUCAAACCAGUUGAAUUCUCAAGCCAUUAUGUUCUUGAUAUACUCUUGAACAACAUUCAGUCUGGAAAAAGAGGACAUCCAGGGUUAUAAAUGUAUUUUCCAUUUCAAAGAGAAUGUUGUUGCUGAAACUAUGUCAGAACCAGGGCUUCAAGUUGGCUUGUUUCAAAUAACCCAUACUUAGGGUGGGAUUCACCUAACAAACCCUGUCAAUGGAACCCCUGUGUAAGGGCUUCUACAAUGGAACUUGCCCCCUCUUCCACCCACCCACCCACCCAAAAUUGGCUGGGGGGCAGGUCGGGAGAGCCCCCGGAACAGCACAUGGGAAGAAGGCAAUUGUUCCCUCUGGCAAGCUGAAAUGCAUGCACAGAUGGAACGUUUGUAAUAGCAAUGUUUAAUUCCACCCUUAAUGUUAACCACCAUUUGGCAGUUCAGACGAAAUGGCAAACUUGUCUCCUUCCAACCGCACGAGGAGGAGGAGAAGAAAAAUGGAGAGGCAGCACUUAAGCCUAAAGCUCACCUAUGCUCAUUGGCAUCAUGCUAGACUAUUGCUUAGGUUAGGGAUGAGGACCCUCAAAGGCCAAGUUACAACACAACUCUAGAAAAUGACCGAGUCCUGCUCUUGGCAACUAUCAUCACCAGUAUUUAUAAUCUCAUUAGUGAAAAAAAUGGGCUGGAACCCAAUACAUAUGCAAUAAACUAUUUCUAAACGGUACAGCUCAAGAACUCUUGGGACUGAGUGGUGCAGCCUCACUUAUAUAAGGGCUAAAUUGUGGCAUCUACCUGAGCAUUUCUGGCAAGCGUCUUGAUUUAGACAUCAUUUUAGCUUGCAUGACACCUUUUAAAAAUAACCAGCAAAUAUAUUUCUGAAGUCUAAAAGUUUGCUCUGAAUUUGGACCCCAAACCUCACAUAUGCAAGUACAAUUGUAUCUGAUGGUGAGUUCUAUAUUAACACAGUUGUCUAACAACUUCAUGGUGGAUGAGGUGCAUGAUUUUCCACAAAUGAUUUCAUUGCACCUAUUUAAUUGUUCCCCUUGAUUCUGGUGCAACCAAAUUCUACAACACACUCUUAAGCAAUAUAUUUACUAGAUGGGCAAAGGAUGCUUCAUCCUAGCAAGCAAACCUUUUACAUCAACUAGUGGCUUAUUAAACAAGUCUACAAAAUGAUAAGGCAGUUACAGAAGAUAUACCUGUUGGAUUGUGCAGAAGUUUCUGAGGGAUUAAGCUCAUGUGUGUGCAUUAGCAGGAUAUUUCACUGAAGCACUGAACAAAAACAUUGCCACCUGAACUAUGCAAGACUGCAGAUACCAAUAUAUUAAAAUGUACUGGGGGGUUUUGCUACAGCUUUUUAAAGUUUAGGAUUGCAGUUUAAGCCACUAUAGUAAAAUUGCAUAUGAUAUGUAUUUUUACAGACUAUUCCAGUCAAAGCUGUUUUGACUUCUGACAAAAAUGAUAUGUGACUUUAAAUAACUGAAGACUGUGACUAGGCCUUGACAAGAGGUGUACAUAUACAAAAUAUAUUGCAUUUCUUAAUUUGGAGCUACCUGACUUGGUAGUUCUUAGUACCUUUAAGUAUGUUUUUUAACCUAACAUUUCUCAGUAUAAAGUAUGACAGUAAAAAGUGAAAGGCUUGAUCCUUUAGCGGUUGGUCCUAUUAAGUGAUUAGAAAAAUAUUCCAGUUCUUUGGUAGGUAAUCAUAGGAUUUUUAGAAGUGCUUUUCUGUUACAUUAAAGGCACAGAAAUCACAACCCCACCCCCCAAUUCACCACUUGAACUCAAGAUAGCCUCUUUCAAGAAACAUGAUCAGGAGGUUCAGGUGGUUCUGUCAGGAUUGCUGAGUGACUUUACACAAACCACUCAAUCUCCUGGUCUGUACUUUUCAAUACAUAAUAUUAAGAUAAAUUAUAAUUUAUGUGUAGAGAUAUAAAGAAAACCUGAUUUAUUAAUGCAGAAUGUUUUGUGAGCUGCAGAGGUAACAAAAAUGCAGUUUUUUACUGCUUGUAAAUAUACAUUCUUGGUUACCACAAGUAAGUGCUGUUUUUUUAGAAUCAGAGGUGUUGCAGCUCACCAUUAAAGCCUCCCUCGUUCUCUUAGAGAGACACCUGCAAUGACACCUACCUGAAAAGUGCCGGAACUGAGUUCCAGUGAGUUCCUGCUGAAGAAAAGCCCUGGUUACCACUGCAAAGCGACU